AUGGACAAAGUGGAGGAGAUUCAUGGCAUGGAACAACUCACGGCCUCUCUCCGGAACACCACGGAACGCUACCUACAGAUCUGGACCCCAUGGCUCAUAUUCAUCGCUGAGAAUCGCACUACCAGGACACAACCAACGACUGACGCCACCCUCACAGCUGGAGGUGGGACUGCAUAGGUCACUCGAGGGCUUCGGACGAUCUUGGGAGCCCUGGGGGAGCCACUGUGCGCAGAGAGGGAUUGCACCCGGUUGGGGGGAGCCUCGGGAAGAUCGCAUUGUCCUCUACCACCCUUCCCUUAUGCCGUCAAGCUUCCCUACUCCCCCCCCUCCUCUCUUUUACUUCCUGUAACUCCGCUCACUCGGCUUUACCUACUCUCACACCUCUAGGCCUCCUGUACCGAAUACGUCUAGCACUCGGCGUAAGUGGUACAGUUAAAGCGGCUAAAGCUGGGCCAACCGAAUACCUAGAAUCAGCGCCACCCCGUACAUCGUUUAACAAGCGACCGAUGCCCCCUGAUAGACACUCCGUGAGUGGGAGAGAAGUAGGGUAAUGCAAGGUGGACACUCAGCUAUGAGAGCCCCCUGACCCGGGCGACGCAACACGACGUCAACGACACAAACAUGGUAGAGGCCGACGUCCGACGCAUGACGGGGAAACAGCGCACCCACGGGAGCCUGGGGAUUACCGGGACGAGGAGAACUGAGAUCCCCCACGAAUACUUCAUCACUCAUGACACUUAGCUCUUAGACCCCCGACAGAUAACUGACCCCUGGUUACAAACGACCCACUGGGGGAGACAUACCGACAAGUGCCGGGUAGGCUUACACACCGUAAGGGCUGCAGGUUCGCAAAAUACCCAUGCAACAAGGGGACUGCAAUGCACAUACGUGCCCACAACCCAGACGUCUAGCUGGUCCACCGUAAGGGUUCACCGCUUUGGGUAGCGCUCACUAACCAGGCUAAUAUCUGCUAGGUACACCCAACCCAAAUUAUCACCUAAUAAUGGGAACAACGCUAACGCACUCAUUUAAAGCGAGCCCAGGCAAAGCGUAUGGCCUAAACUUCACUACACGCUCGCAGGGAGGUGGAGUGAGUGCCCAUGUGCUUCUCACUUGCCCUCGACCGAACACCCUGUAAUCUCCUAAAUUUUCACUACUUGAGAUACCUAAGCUCCACAUACUGCUGUUCGCUUAGACUACCGAGAAGCACGAUUGAUACAUAGUUACAGAAUACCUUCACACAAUAUCAACCGUUUUACUACCACUACGUUAUUCUCCCUAGAAAUGUUUCUCUUAACAUAAACAGAGGCUCAAAGUUACUAAGAAUUGUCUUAAAAUAUAUUGUAUUAUACCUGUUAUGUAUGGUAAAUUGUUGUUUCCCUUGCUUCAUUUUGUAUCCCAUACAACUUAAUGCCUCAAUAAAAAAGAGAUUGACAAAAAAAAAAAAAAAAAGAUUCAGACUGUUACUAUAUUAUAUAUAUUUUUUGUCUAAAGUUUGCCAUUGGGGAUUUAAAAUUCUGUUAAGUCAGAGUUUAGUGCAUGUUUGUGUGGCCAGUGUUAAACACUGUGCACUGCAGACGUAAUAAGACAUAUAAAAGAUAUUUAAUUAACCUAUAAAUCCUGUGGGCAUAUUGGGAAAAUGCGUCUGUAAGUCUUGUUAUAGUUCUUCGUUCUUCUACUGUGGAAUGUUAGGAGCACAGAAUGACAAUUUAAGAAAAAAAUCCAGGUUCAGAUCGGCAGUGGGCAUCACAUAACCUCAGCAAGCUUUUUUAAUAAGUAAUUGUAAGAUAACAACACUCACUCUGAAAGUGUUUAAAUGGCAAGCACCACUAAAUCUUCUAUAGCUCAAACAGAGGAACAUAACAUGAAAAAUAGCUUUGAAGUACAGAGUCAAAAACGUCAAGUGUGUCCUUUCCAAUCAAUAUGGACAAAAUUAACUCUGGUAAAACUGGCUACCAAAGUGCUUGACCGUGACUCACUUUUACUUCUGCCAUCCACCACAACAAGUUGUGACUUAGUAUCCGAUGAGCAUGCACAGGUGGCCUCCUGUAAACAUAAGGAAGCUCUGUAUAUCUUACAAUGACAUGGGUCAGAUAAGCUUAGACAUAUCACAGCAGAGUACACAAGAUUAGGUGGGCCAAAUGGCUGUAGUAAGCUAAGAAAUACCAUCAUAUCUCGGGGUUUCAGCUUAAUCACCAGCAUCAAACUCCCAUGGAACAUUUGACACAGUAAAAGUUCUAGGAAGUAGAUUCAAUGUGAUUAUUUGGACAGAUAAAACUAGCUGUGCCCCACUGCUAUCUGGUUUGUGAAAAGAAAAAUACAGAUUUCACUGCACCCUUAUCAUAAAUUAAAAUCAGAAGUUAGAUUUACACCAAACUUGAAAGGGUAAGUCUCUCUGGGUGAAGAUGGAACAAAAAUCAAUAAAAUAUUUACCCCACUGUGCUACAUCUCUCUUCCCAAUCUUUCUACUAUUGACUGAACAUGUCUUUAUGUAUUAUGUCUCAGUAAAAAGAAAAAUCCCUAUGCCUUCUUCAAGGUCAGUAUUUGAAUAAAGCAAUCUCCCUAACUGUGCCUCAUGGACACAAAGAGAUUGUUCCCCUGGUUGAGGGGAGAUGAAAUGUGUAUAUGUGCAUAGAUAUAUAUAUAGUGUUUGGUUCCACCACAAACUUUUUGGUACCAUGUUAUAUGAUCUCAGAAACACUUCAACUUUCAUACCAGAACGGGCAUCAUGGUGACGAGACCCACAAGUGCGAAACAAAAAGAGGGAGGGAAUGAAGAAUAAGAUGAUUUUUGGAGGGCUCGGGCAAAAAAGAAGCCGUGUUUGCCACGAUAGACAAAAGGCCUUUCCAACGAUGUGAGUAUCACCUGUCCAAUUAAGAGGUGGGAAAAAAGAUGGCUGACAGAAAAAAAGAUGAUCAGUGCCUAGGGGACAGCCACUAAGUGUUGAUUUUAACCACAGAUUAAGUGAGAAGUGAGUAAUAGAGGGGGGAAAGGAGGAGCAGUAAAAAAAAUUAAAAUCUAGAUAAUUCCAAGUAGGAUCCUUCCUGACACUUUGAUUACAGCUACUGAGGGAGAGCAGUCAUACUGUGUGUUUUACCCUCGCUGUGUCUGACACUAGGUUUAGUUUGCUCCUAUAACUAGCUAGCUAGCUACUACCAGAGGGACUUGAAACAAACUGGAAAAAGGAGAUUGCCAGUGUUCAUGUUAGGUAACUGCUGUACCAUUUCCGCUUACACCAAUUUUGUUUCAGUGGUUUAGAGUUAUUUUACUUUUUUUUUAAUUUUCUUUUUUAAAAUACAUUUUGGUUUUUUUUCAAUUAAAACUACUCCUGCUAUUCUUCCUUUUUUUAAAAAAUAAUUUUGCAAAAGGAAAAAAACAUUUUAAAAAGUCUAAUAUAUUUACAACUGCUACAACAUGGAGUUAUCAACACCUGAACGCAACCCCUCUCCUCCCCAUACACACAAACCAAUGCAUCCCCAAAAUACAUAAUACUUUUUUUUAAUGGCAGACCUAAUUUUGUGAGUCUUUAAUGAUGCUAUAGUCCUAUUGUAUCAUUCUGUUUAUAAGGAAUUUUUAAACUGAGGUUUUUUUUGAAGUGAUGCAGAGACACAAACACUGAAAACAGGCAAAAGGUUAAUCGUUUGCCCUCAUGAUUAGUUCCCAUGCAGGUCUCAAACAGAGGGACCUGCAGCAUUUAACCAUCGGACUGAUUCCACCCAUAGUGAAAGUCACGAAUGCCAGGUAACCUUUGUUUGGGAUAUACAGCAAUUCCAGACAAUAAUUCCAUCCUCAAAUAGGCCUCAUUAGAUACAGCUGUUAUUUUUUUGUUUUGUUUGUUUUAACAAUAAGCAAGAGGUCCACAUCUGGAUAUUCCUUUAGACUUUGGUGGAGAUAAACUAAAAAUAUGCCAAACAAGCCAAAAACAAACAUGUAAGAGAAUGAACAAAACUGAAUAACUUGCUUUAUCUUUAGUUCACAUUCAAGUCGCAAAUAGGUUUGGAAUCAAGUGGAUGGGUUUUUCAUAAAUGACAUAAAAAGCUGUUCGAAAACUCUUCAAUCAACUAAUCGUCACGCAAGUGAUCACAUUUUUGCCUGUCCGUCACAUGUUCCUGCAUUUAAUUUUGUCUAACAUACAUACAAAUAGGCACUUAGAAAAAAAUACGUAAGGCAAAUCUUCACAUACCUUUUUAGGAACGUUAUGUGACAUUCAUGGUAUAUUGCCACUAAGAGAUCAGGGAAUGGGGACGCAAAGACUUAUUUUGACUCUUCUGGACAAUCAAGGUAGAUGUAAGUACAACUUUAUUAAUUUGAGAUAGCAGUUGCUUGUAACAUAUUCCUAAUGUUAAUGGAUAUCCGCUGUUUCCUCCUAUGCAUAUUUCCACCCAUAAGGCAUCCACAUCCUCACCUGUAUCUUCAUAUACAAUUUCUUUAAAGGGACACUAUAGGCACUCAUACCACUUUAGCUCAUUGAAGUGAUCUGGGUGUGCUGUCCCACCACCCUUAACCCUGAGCAUGUAAUUAUUGCAGUUUUUAAUAAACUGCAAUAAUUACCUGCUAGUGUUAACUCCUCCUCUUGUUGAUGUCUACCAGACAGCCACUAGAGGUACUUCCGGGUUUUUAGGCAAAUUUUGGUUGCCUAAAUGACUCUGGACGUCCUCAUGAAUUUUAGUUGCCUAAAUGACUCUGGGCGUCCUCACGGUAUGCACCCUUCUGUCACUUACCGGAAUCCCCAUAGAAAAGCAUUGAAUAAUGCUUUCCAAUGGGAAAAUCCCAUUGCCGCACAUGCGCAUAAGGUUUCCCCUGCCUGCUGACGUCGGCGGGGGAGGAGUUAAAGCAGACCCGAGCCAGCGCCGAGGGACAUCGGCUCCAGAUCCACAUAAGUGACAGAAGGGGUCAUCCCCAGCCCCUCCCAAUAAUCCAUCCACUCUGUCACUCAAGCACCCGUAACGCGCUGUUCAGUUGAUGCGAUCAGUGUGACAGAUUACCCAAUCUACUCUUUUAAUAAAAGAAUCCCCUACCACCACAACCUGUCUAGCUUUUUCUUUCAUUCUGGAUCCCAUCCAUAUUAGAAAAGCUGUUCCCUUGGCUGUUUGAAGAAGCAACUUACUCCUGUACAGCCUCCAGUUCAGCCACUCCUGAGCUGAUUCUCCCAACAUCUUCACUCAAGGGGCAAAUCUGUUGUGAUAUACAAAAUCAGGACUGGCAAUGCCCUUCCUCUUCCCUCCCCUCUGCUACCUCACUCAAAUGUCACCGAGCUACUUGCCUUUUCCACAGCUAGCUCACCUCUUCCCACCACCCAACCUGCCCCCACUAAACUGUGCUCAGUGUGCAGUAAUCAUAUUUUCAAGGUUGUCAAUCCGCCUCAGUGUUGCAAUUUGUUUCUCCAGAUCUCCAACCUGAGCUUCCAGAAAAGCCACAGAGGUAUGUACCCUGCAACAGAGGUAUGGACCCUGAAAAGACUCUUCCAGGCAUUCAUACAUACAGCAGACUGUGCACUGAGUCAAAAUUACAAUCUGCUAACACUCAUACGUGCCCCACUAAAACAAUUGCAAAAUUUAAUAGGGUGUUAUAACUUCUGUGUUGCUUGAACUCCUGUGCGUUCAGACUCCUACUUAAAUAUAGACUGACAGAAAAGAUCUUAGUGAGCAAGCUCUAUGAGUUGCUUCUGUGGGUUAUAUAGGUGCACACAAAGUCACACAGGUGAAAAUUAAGAAACCACUCUCUUAAUUUACUCAUGCUGAAUAGUGCACUCACAGAAAAAAAGUGUUUUUAAACCCUGUAAACAAACAGCUUUCCCAGUAAAUAGGUUAUAUUUCCCACAGCCAGCAGAUAACUGCAAAUCAGUAGAGCUGCUAAUGUGGGUUAUAUACAGGGCUGGCCCAAGACAUUGUGCUGUGUGGGUCCAAGAAUUAAAUGCUGCUCACCCCCCCCCACCAACCAAAAAAAACGACCACAAAAACAGGCCAACAUUUGUUAUGCAGAUUGUAUAGUGAAUAUAGUGUCUGUGUUUGUGUACUGUAUGCAGUGUGUGUUUGGAAUGCAUAGUGUGAGUGUGAUUAGUGGAUGCAGUAAUGUCUGUGAGUCCUAAAUGUAAUGUUUGUGGUUGUGUAUUGUAUGCAGUGUGUGUAGUGGAUGCACAGUGUCUAUGUAUAGUGUAUGUAGAGUGUAUGUUUGUGUAGUGGAUGCAGUGUGUGUUUGUGUAGUGGAUGCAGUGUGUGUUUGUGUAGUGGAUGUAGUGUGUAUGUUUGUAGUGCAUACAGUGUGUGUGAAGUGCAUGCAGUGUUAGUGGGAUUAAGUGGUGUGUGAGCAUUUUUUCUUUUGUUUAAUUAUGUUUAUUCCCCCAUUCCUGCCUAUAGUGGAUGUUGUAUGUACAGUGGAUAUGUGUAUUUGUGUAGUGGAUGCGGUGUAUUUGUAGUGGAUGCAAUGUUUGUGUAGUGGAUGCAGUGUGUAUGCUUAGCCAAUGCAGUGUGUGUAUUUGUGUAAUGGAUUCAGUGUGUGUUUUUGCAGUGGAUGCAGUGUGUGUUUGUGUAAUGGAUGCAGUGUGUACUUAAUGCAGUGUGUGUGUUUGUGUAGUGGAUGCAGUGUGUGUGUUUGUGUAAUGGAUGCAGUUUGUGUGUUUGUGCAGUGGAUGCAGUGUGUCUGUGUUUGUGUAGUGGAUGUAGUGUGUGUAUUUGUGUAGUGGAUGUAGUGUGUGUUGGUGUAGUGGAUGUAGUGUGUGUUUGUGUAGUGGAUGUAGUGUGUAGCUAAUGCAGUGUGUGUGUUUGUGCAGUGGAUGUAGUGUGUGUAUUUGUGUAGUGUAUGCAGUGUGUGUUGGUGUAGUGGAUGUAGUGUGUGUUUGUGUAGUGGAUGUAGUGUGCAGCUAAUGCAGUGUGUGUGUUUGUGCAGUGGAUGUAGUGUGUGUGUUUGUGUGUGUCUGUAUGUAUGUAUGUGUGUGUGUGUCUGUAUGUGUAUGUAUGUCAGUAUCUGUAUGUAUGUCAGUAUGUGUGUGUGUGUUAGUAUGUGUGUGUGUGUGUCAGUAUGUGGGUGUGUGUCUGUCUGUAUGUAUGUAUGCAUGUCAGUAUGUAUGUAUGUGUGUGUCACUAAGUAUGUGUGUGUGUGUGUGUAUGUAUGUGUGUGUAUGUAUGUCAGUAUGUAUGUUAUUAUUUUUAUUAUUAUCAUUUAUAUAGUGCCAAAAUCGGUAUGCUUGUGUGUGUAUGCGUGUAUGUAUGUGUGUGUCUGUAUGUCAUUAUGCAUGUGUGUGUGUCUGUAUGUAUGUUAGCAUGUGUCUGUGUGUCAGUAUGUGUCUGUAUGUAUGUUAGUAUGUGUCUGUGUGUCUGAAUGUCUGUUUCAGUAUGUGUGUCAGCAUGUAUGCCUCUAUGUGUGGGUAUGUCUGUUUCAGUAUGUGUCUGAUUUUUUGUCCUUUUGUAUCUGUGUGUAUCUGUGCUUGUGUCUCUGUGUGUAUUCUGUGUCAGUGUUUGAGUGUCUGUGCAUUUGUGUGUGUCCAUUUAGGUAUAUGUGUGUGUGUGUAUGUGUGUGUCAGUGUAUGUGUUUCAGUGUGUGUGGAAGUGUAUAAACUACACAGAAAUGCACACCUGCAUUCAAAAACUAACAUUUACACACAUACUCCAUUAAAAAUAUGCUUACAUUCAAACACACAUUGUGUGUGUAUAUAUAUAUACACACACACACACUCACACAAUAUACACACAGUGCAUCCACUACACACACGGCAUCCACUACACAUGCAGUAACACACACUGUACUUUACAUACACUGCAACCAAUACACAAACACACACAACAUCCACAAACACACACCCUGUAUCCACUCUACCAACACUAGUUCCUUGUGGGCGUAUUUGGAGGCGGGUCCUGUGGGACCUAUUUGGAGGUGGGCCUUGAGGGCGGGCUUGGAGAUGGGCCCCCAGGGGUCCCAGUUGUGUUAGGGGCCCCAAAAUUUCUGAUGGCGGCCCUGCGGAGGAGACCUGGCAAGCAGAGCAGGCUCUCUGCCAGGUCUCACUCAGACGGUGGGAGGAGGGUCACUGGCAAUAUGGGAAGGAGCCAUCCGAGGCAGACAGCCCCUAUCCCUUGCUACGCCACUGGAUGUGCCCAUACCUGUAAAUGCCUAUCUGUCUGUGAAUUCCUGUGUGUUUCUCUCUGUACCUAUAUAUGCCAGUCUGUAUUUGUCUGUCUGUGCUUGUUUCUGUGUGUGUCAGUCUGUGUUUGUCUGUGCUUGUCUGUGCUUGUCUGUGUGUGCCUGUAUGUGCCUGUGUGUGUAUCUGUGUUUGUCUGUAUGCAACCACAAGGCAUUAAGUGGUAGAGUUUGGGAGUGGCAUGGGUGAAGUUUUGGGAGGUGAAAUCAAAUUAUGUGUUGAGCUCAUGGCCCAGAUAGUUUUUUUCACCUGAAAAAUAAUUUCAGUAUUUAAUUAUAUUUAAAAUGAUUUCAGAAUGUCAUAGUUUUAAAAAGAGAGAGACCCAGAAAGUGGAUAACAUUAUGAGUUCUCUGUAUUCAAACUAUCUAUAAUGUGAGAAGGCAUACUAAGAUGAGGGGAUAAACUUGGAAAAAGGUGUUGUAACGAACCCCUUGUAUUUCGUAUGAUACGUUUGUUUGCACACUCCCGAACUGUUAGAGGCUUGAGUGAAAAUAACCUGUUCUCGUAGUACGCUAGUUUGUACUCUCCCGAAAUCCAAGCAAGUCGUGGGAAAAAUCUAUUGGUUCAUCGUUCACAUAUCCAAACAUUAGUCGAGACUUGAUGACGGGUACAACAGAAAUGCUUUAUUAUGACCAGAUGGCCCACUUUUAUACACAGACCCCCAGCAUGGGGUUUCCAACAAAAGUAUGGUAAAAUACACCCAGGAGUCUCUGUGUCUGGGCGAUAAUUGAGUGUGUUUUGCUUAAACCAAUUGUCUCCCAGGCACUAGAGGUACAGAAAAUAAAACAUAAAACACCCCAAAAUACACAUAACACACAUAGGAACCCCCACAAGUAUUAUCUCCCUGUAUAGCCUGGAUCUGAGCGCCCAACAUAUCCAAAUAGCACUCCCACGAACACAGCCGAAUCGCCAUCGGGGUAAAGUUUUGACUGACUGCACAUGUGAUAUCUGCCCAAAAUACAUAUUUCCAGAGAAAAAGUGGUAGCGGUUGGUCACUUUCGGGAGUUCCAAAACGAACAAAAUGUCGAACAGUUCCCCUGGCUCAUAGGUAGCGUUUGUUUGCCUGGUUUGUGUGAACAUUCCCACCAAAUAACACUCUCUUGGCUUGUCGAGAAUAGAAGCAGUCGUUAGUACAAAGUUACUGGUGUUCACGGGGUUGAGUGUCCAACUUAGAGUUCCAGACAUUCGACGACCAAGUACCGCUGCCUGCUUUCAGGAGUCAAGAUUUUUCAAGGUUAUGUGAACGGCGGCCACACAGAGAGAGCACUUAAGUUUGUGAUUUUCUUUGAAGUUAAAUGUGCCAAGGGGAUGGUCGGUGUUCGGUAGAUCAAUCUCCCGAAUGCAGGGAAAAUAAUUGGGACAAAGAAAUUGCAGGGUUUUGUCACAGGUGUCAUGAGGCCUAUCUGAGACAGUUCCCUUGGUUCUGUCCUAAUUAUGGAUACAAUUAAAAUUGGAGAUUUGUUUAAUUACCAACUGCAAUUCAUCAGAAUUUGGACCAAAUGUAAUUUAGCCGAAUCGUAACCAAACAAAUUGCAUUAGUCUGAUUAGUUUUCCUGAUUUUUAUUUUUUUUGUUAAUAAAACUUGGUAGAGCCGAACCACUAUAUGGGAAUGUCCCCUAUUAUUUUGAAAGUACAUUUUUACAUCCAUACACUAAAAACUGUAGAAAUCAAUAUUUUAAUUUACAAAAUAUAAAAGUAAAUGGAAAGUUAUGUUUCUUGUUUGUUACAAACACACUACAAAACAAUUGUAUAAACCUUAGAUCAAAGACUUUAGCAUUUUCUUUUGUCAUAAUACAUAACUUUCGUGUUUGUUUUUUAAUUCAGAGAGUUCAGCAAGUCAAGGCUUUGCUCUUUCUCAGGACCAUGCAAUCAGCCCCUAAACCUCCAUGUGUAUCUUAUUUGUACAUUCCAUAUUUUACCAAACUGAUCACAAAAGCUAUUUCCUUACACAUCUAUCCGAGUCUAUAAAAUACUCAUUUUCUGAGCAUAAUUGAGCAGAAACCCUCAGAGCUCCGAUUGUUGUAUUUCAGCCCAGUGUAAUUUACAUUAUACUUUUUUUUAACAAAAUAAUUACAUGUUUAGCUAAUUUUGAAGAAUAGAAGAAUUUUAAUGUACAGCAUUAAUUUUGGGCAGCAUUCCUAAAAGUGCAUAUAAUGUCAUUGACCCUCUUUAUAAUCUGGCUGCAAUUUCUGUACUUCAUUGUUUUAAGAUGCUUCCUCAUUUACGCAGAACUGCUUAAUUAGCCUUAACAGAAGCAGCAUGUAAAACAUGCUGUGUGAUCUCUCUGCAAAGUCUGAGGUUUCAAUGAGAAAAUAUGACGUACCGAAUAAACACAUCUUGUGUGGUGUUUCAAAUGGUUUUAUUCACUAAUUAGUCAAUUAUGAUGCUGAGUUGAAAGUAUGAAUUGCAAAACGUAGGCAAUAAUUUUUAAGGUGGAACAAAAAAAAAAAUAGUUUGGCUGUAAGAUCUUUUUUAAAUGUGGCUAUAUUUUCCUGAAUAUUGUAAUUCUAUUGUCAAGUCACUGCAUGUUGCAUAAACGUUAAGGAAACACUUUAGCAUUAGAGAUACAUUGUUUUUACUAACAAUUUAGAUUAUUGAGCCACCCCAAAAACAAUAUCUAAAGUUGAUUUACUCAUCUUUAGUAACUUGCUGCGCUAGUCUCCUCGCAGCCACUGCUAUGCCCGACUGAUAUCAUUAAUGAAAAUAAUCUCUGUCAGUCCAAUGCUUCUCUAUAGGGAAGCAUUGAGGGAGCUAGUGCGCAAGCACAGCAAUUGCCUCUCUGCUUUAAUCAGCAUGUGCUCACAGAGAUGGAUUAGCCCAAUGCAUCUCUAUGGGGAGCACAGUGAACCCUUUCAGUUAUGGCUGUGUUCUUCAUCUAGAUUUAGUUCAGGCCACCUUAGAGUGAGCUUGUCAUGGCAUCAAAGUGCCCAGUCCCACGAUACUUUGCCACUAGGAAGGCAAUGCAUACUGGAAAGUUAGAUAGAACACCCACAGUACCAUCUUCACUUUUUGAAGAACUGUAAAAAAAUACACUAGAGCAUAGUCCCCAUUAAAACCCAGUUGGAAGUUGUCAGUAAGUUCAAACAAGCCUAGCCGCUCACUGUGGAUAUAAUAUGGGACGAUGUCCAAGCUCUGAAAGAUCUUGUCAAGUUUAAUUUUCACUUCCAUGGAUGUUGAGCUACAGCAGAAUUCUCCAAGCGAAUACACAGCAAAUAAUUUGGGAUUUUUUUCUUUUUAACAAAAUUCCAAAUAUCAGUUUGGGGAGUGGGGGACUUGCACGAUCUAAAAAAUUCUUGGCUAUCUUUUACCUAGUCUGACACGGUUUAAAUACAUCUGUCUAUAUAACAAAAAGAGGUCAUUUAUUUAAUGCCCUCCUCCAUCGUAGCAUAUUGCAGUGAAAAGUAACUUUUAAACUACCAUGAGUUCUAGAAACAAAUUAUGUUCAGUGAUUAUGUUCAGCUCAGUUCCUCUAGCAGGUGGAGCUGAAUGUUUAGCGUAUGCAUGUUUUUUAACAGAGACAGACCCGUUCACAGAAAGAAAAGCACAAAGAUGGACACCUGCACACAGCAUGUGGAUGUACGCAGCCUUUUACCCCACACUAUGAGCUCAAAGAGGUCACUUUACGGGGUCACCUAUCCAUGAAUGAAGCUGCACAAUAAGACUACUAAAGGUUUAGGGAUUUAAAGUGACCUUGAUUAGAACAUCAGCAAUGUGUCACUAGACCUCUUAUUCGUUCGCAUAAUAAAAUUGUGGAUAAACUAAAAGAUAAGCUUUAAAAAUAUUAAAAAUACAAGUAAAUCUAUGGGAAUUAUUCAGAGGUACAAUUUUAAUUGACAUAUUGGAAUUAUUAGCUAUGAUAUGGCAAUGUCGGGCUGGUUAAAGAGAGAUUGUGGGUCAAAACAGUAAUUGAUAUGAGAAGAAAUAGUUUAUAUCAGAAUAGCUUUCCCACAGCUAUGGUAACAUACAUGUUGUGGUGUGGCCAAUGUUAUAAAUGAUUGUAAAACGCAAUUGUAGAACAAUAAGCUAAAAGUGAGAAUAUUUCACUGACACCACUGAACACUCAACUGACACUACUUGGGAAAGUAGAACAUCAAAUUGGGGUAAGAGGGCUUGAGUUGCAGCAGAUCUCUUUCAAAACCAGGAGCAUCAAACAAAUGUCUUCGUCGUCACUUGACCUGACAGCUACAACAGACAAACUUUCUGACUUUCUACUGGAAAUUGUCAUCUGAAAUUGUCAGAUAUGCUGCGUUUCAGAAAAGACCAAGAUCUGACUACCCACAAUAACAGUUAAAGAUGUGGCAGAAGUUGCAGAACCGAUCCUGUAUUUAAUAAUAAUAGACUCUAACUAACUUUACUGAUCGAAGAACAGCUUGUGCAUGUGCAUACAUGUUUAAACUGUUGUCAAAUUAAAGGACCACUAUAGUGCCAGGAAAACAUACUCGUUUUCCUGGCACUAUAGUGCCCUGAGAGUGCCCCCACCCUCAGGGUCCCCCUCCCGCCCGGCUCUGGAAGGGGGAAAGGGGUUAAAACUUACCUUUUUCCAGCGCUGGGCGGAGAGCUCUCCUCCUCCGAUCCUCCUCUUCUCCUCCCCGUCGGCUGAAUGCGCACGCGCGGCAAGAGCUGCGCGCGCAUUCAGCCGGUCACAUAGGAAAGCACUAGAGGAAAUAGGGGAAGGCUUAACCCAUUCAUAAACAUAGCAGUUUCUCGGAAACUGCUAUGUUUAUGAAAAAAUGGGUUAACCCUAGCUGGACCAGGCACCCAGACCACUUCAUUAAGCUGUAGUGGUCUGGGUGCCUAGAGUGGUCCUUUAAGUUACUGUUUUCAUAGUGCCCAAAGAGUGUGGGACCCACUCUAAACAGGAAUAUAUGUGCUCCACUCCUUUGUCUCAUUGAACUGCACAAGAAACUUCAGAAGACACCAACAUGAAUGCUACAUCAGAUACUCAGAUACUUCCAAAACAUGACACUCCUUCUCAGCAGGCCUCAUUGACUUGAAUCCAGUACAAGAUGGCAAAUAAACAGUGUACAACUUGAGACCAUGUUAUCUGAAAGACUAGCUUUCCAAUCAUUUCCUGUUUAGCUAUACCCUUAGAUAAGCAGAGGACUGUUGGACAUUGUAAGCUUAGAUUUUCCUGUUCUAAUUUGACUAAGCUGCUUUCUCACGAAUUACUCUGCACCUGAAUUUCGCAACCACUAGAGUUCUAGCUUUUCAGAAGUUUCUCCUUGUUUAUGGUAAGAUAUAAGAAACACUGGUUCAUGCUUUCAGUUUUUCUUUGUUAUUUUAGUGUUCUGAUCUAAUAUGAGAAAGCUGUUCUUUAACCCCUUAAGGACACAACUUCUGGAAUAACAUGGAAUCAUGACGGAAUAUUUCCAUCAUGUGGCCUUAAGAGGUUAAAACACUUUCCAAGAUGCUUAGAGAAUCAUGUUGUGUAUUUAAAUUGAGCACGGAUUAUGAUGAUUGCAAUUAAAAUGUUAACCGGAAUAGAUCUUCUUAAAGUUUUGCACUUACUUUUUCACAUACUUACAGUCAGUGUCAAAGACGUGCAUCACUUAUAUGGCACUGGGCACAGAUUAUUAUUAUUAUUAUUAUUAUUAUUAUUAUUAUUAUGAUAUUUAUAGAUGAGACAUAUUUAAAAAAAAAAUAUUUGACAAAUUCCAUUAAACUGCAAAGUCACCCUUUGCUGUGUAACAGAUUUUUGUGAAUCGUACCUCUUAAACAUUUGCAAAUAUACCAUUAAGAAAAAAAGAAAGUGAGAGUACACUGGUCUUUGGACAGAUUCUUUUCUUUUACAGAAUAGUCUGAAAAAACAACAACAUUGUAGUUAAUUGUUAUUACACAUACUUAAGUAUUUUUGAGUGACUCGUUAUACACCUUUAAUUGGUUGCGUUAAGAAUUCUAAUGGUAAAUCUGAGUAAGUUAAUGGUAACAAUUAUGCAUAUUGAAUGGCAUUUUCAUCAGAAAACGAAAAUCGGUCAUCUUUAAAGUGAAGUUUAAUUAAGGGACAAGUAAAUGCAUCAUUAAAAAAGUCUGAUAUAGAGUGAAUUGGAUACAUUAGAACAAACAGAAAUAAAGGAGCAGUUAUUUAAGUAAUUUAAUGGUAGCAAAUGGAAAAAAAACCUGAGACAUUAGUAACAAAAUAAGCUUUUUAAUAAACUAUGAGUUGAAUUGAAAACUGAAUGUCAGCUAAAACAACAAGUUGGGGAAAAAAAAGGCUGUGUUUUGUGUCACCUAUAUUUACAGUUCCCUUUUAUGACUCAAUUUUAUCAAAUACUGUUUUCAGUCCAUUACAGUUCACAGCGUAGACAUCAAACCAUAAUAAUUUCAUAGGACACCGAGGCUGAAAAGUAACACAAACAGAAUUACAACCAUAGCACUCCCUGAAAUGAAGUACACAAAUCAAUGAUACAUUUAAGAGGCAUUAGGGCCAAAUUAAAUGCACCCAUGAAUACCUUAGAAAAUUAAUUGAGGAAUAACCAAAUCACGCUGUGUAAUCUUUAUAGACUCAAUAUGCUCUGAUAUUGCGCAAAAGCAAAGACAGAAUACAGAUGUUUCACUAUAAUUUCAAAAACAACGGAUUUGAUCUCGAAACAAAAGACCUGAGAGUGUGAUAUACAUCGUGGGGAAACCCUAAAGUUACUAUAGUCAUAAAUAGACAAUUGAAAAUAAAAACAGAAUUUGGACCUGCAUCUUUAAUAGAGAGAUAUCUUAUCAAUUAUAGGCCUAAAAUUAACAUUUUUUUUUUAUUGAUUUAAUAUUGUUAAAAAUAUUUUAAUAUUUUGAUAUUUGUUGAUAUAUUGGUAUAUUUUAUAUGAUAUAUUUUGUUAUAUUUUAAUACUUUAAAAUACAAAUUUUAAAAGAUUAUCCAAAAUUAUUAAAUUAUUUGAACAACCAAAAUAAAAAAAUAGGGACUAUAACUAUAUAGUGUAAAAUAACAGUAUUGUUGUAUCCUAUAACACUUUUUGUAAUGGUAAUAAAAUUAUUUAGAAAUAUCAAGCCUUUUUGCUUCUUUUAUUAAGUCUAAAUUCUUUUGUACCAAAAUUAAGCAUGCAAUUCAAGCUUAGAGAGACACUAUAGUCACCAGAACAACUACAGCUUAAUGUACUUGUUCUGGUGAGUAUAACAUGUAACUGCAGGCUUUUUGCAGUAAACAAUGGCGACACAGAGAAAAGGCAGUGUUUACAUUACAGCCUAGGGAUACCUCCACUGGCCACUCCUCAGAUGGCUACUAGAGGUGCUUCAUGGGACAGUGCCACUGACAUUCAGUGUCUCCACCCUCUGCAUCGAGACACUGAAUUUUCCUCACAAAGAUGCAUUGAUUCAAUACAUUUCCAUGAGGAGAAGCUGAUUGUCCAGGGCAGUGCUUGUCUCCACCCCAGCCCACCUCUUUGGCUGAGAUUAUCAGAAUUGACAAUCUCAGCCAAAUCCAAUGCUUUUCUAUGGGAAUGCAUUGAGAUUGGCUGAAAAGUAUGAUUUUAGUAAGUUUAAGGUGACAUCUGGGUAGGGGGGCUAGAUAGUGUUUUUAAACACUUUAGGGUCAGGGAUGCAUGUUUGUGUUACUAUCACUAUAGUGUUCCUUUAAGUUGUGAUACAGGAAUUGGGGGCUAAGGCUAAAAACAGCAUUAUGGAAGGUAUGUGAAUAGGUCUAAGGAUUUAAAAAUAUUAUAGUCCAGUGUUCCCUAACCCAAUCAUCAUGGACCACCAACAGUUCAGGUUUUGUCAGUAUCUCCAUUGGAAUAAAACAGGGAAAUACAUAAAUUCUGGACAGUUGGUGGUCAACGAGGACUGGGUUGGGGUACACUGCUAUAGUCCAUCCAUAUGAUUGUACAUGUUAUAAUUUGGAGAGGGGGAAUAUGUGGUAGAUUAAAAUGCAUGAUAGAUAGAUAGAUAGAUAGAUAGAUAGAGUUAAGCACAAAAAUUUCAGGUGGUACGAACAAAUCAAAUGCCUUUUAAUCAGUGUCUGAACAAACUGAUCUCCACAUAUAUACAUACAUACACACACACACAUAUAUAUAUAUAUAUGCACUCCUACACAAAAAUACACAUUAAAGCCGGUUAAAUAAACGUAACAGAGUUGAUCAAAUUAUCUUUGGUAAUUUGCCAUGAAACCCAAAUCCACAUAUAGUAAUUUAUCUAAAAAACAAACUAUAAUUUGAGAUUCAAAUGAACUUCUCUCCGGGGGAAUUUUUGAAAGUCCCUCUGAUUAUUUUGCUGUUAAUGUCUUGAAUGGAUUAGUUUUCCUUGGUAAAACUAAGUCCAACUGGGGAACAGUCUUUGUCAUGGUUAAUGGAAUGUCUGUGCAUAGCCAUCCUCCUAUCUAAUAGAUGGAUGAUUUCACCAAUGUAACAUUCCAAUUAACAUUUAAUUCAUAGAAUCGUGCAUGCAAUGUUCGUUUUUCCAUUAAUGUAUGAUUCACUAAUGUUGCAUGCCUUUGUGAUGUAAAUUCGUUAUUAAGGCAAUCCAGCUGUUUCAAAAUUUGUACUACAGUAAUUUUUCAAGAAGCUGUAUUGCCACAAAUGACACAAUUAUUUCUAGUUUGCUGCUAAAUAAUAUAUAUAUAUAUAUUGAAUUAAAUUUAGGUAUAAUUGAUCAGGAGCACUGUACACACCUGAAGCAUUUGAACUUAUUGAAGAGUUUGUCGUCUGUUUUUUCUUUUUACAAACAGUGCAGAUUUUUAAUAGAAAUUGGCACUUUUAUAAAUGAAGCUUGUUAUACCCCCCUUGCUGUCAAUCAUACAACAGGUCCUGUUACUUCCUGGUUUGCUUAGCUCAGUGGAGCAAAUCUCAAAUGGCAGCAAUUGCCCAGAGCACCUCACUGAGCUGCAUUAGGAAGUCAGUGAUUGGACAACUACAGAAAGUCUGGGCUGGGGACAAAGGGGAGGGCUUGGAAAGGCUUCAGGCGAGAGAUUUGCAGCUUUUGCAAGCUGUUUUAGAUCUACCCCAAUUAAAAACACAUAAUUAAAUCCAUGCAUGUUUUCAUUGGGUCUAUAACUGCUAAAAAGGUGUUUUAACCCCAUUUUAUGAUUAUAGGGUGGAGGAAGUGAAUGCUGUCUCCUUCAUUUUAUUUUAUUAUUACUUGGAUUUCACAUUUGGUAUCAUAUUACUCAUUACUUAUAUUUAUUUUUAUGUAUUUAUUUGUAAAAUCAGCUAAAUCUCCCCCAGGGGUAUUCUAUUUGGGCACAAUAGCAGAUAAGAAAACCCUAUAGUUAACAUCUGAAUUGGCUUUUUACACCCAACCCACCUAAUAUAUCCAAAUAUGGCAAUGAGGGAACUGUUCUUGAGUUUUCAAAAAUAACUCUUUCAGCUUUCUGAUGGCAGCACUUUAUUAUGAUCUCCUUUCAUCUAUUUCAGUCAUUAAAAAACACAGAGACACACUCUGGAGAGUGUUUGGGCAUCAAGGAGCAUAGCCCCAGGUGGGUCCAGCCUGUAGGCUACGACAAAAGACGAAAGAGACACAGGUUAGCCCAACUCCCACUAUAGGAAUACCAUCUGUAUAGGUCUCACAUAUAAUGAAAAUGAGCUGGGCUCCUUAAUUUUUAUAAUAUAAUGCAAUAUUGUAUUACCAGCAGCCAUUUUAAUUGAGAGGUUGCCUGUAAGAUUAUCUCCAAUGGAUUUUCCUAAACUAUUGGUAGGUUAAAACAACUAUUUGAAUUUCAAACAACCAUUUGAAGUCUGGACAGUUACCAGUUGAGAACAGACUCCAGCAAUCGUGAACUAACUGGACUUUAUAUUGGCCCAAGCUAUAUUUUGGACAUAUUGUUUUCUUUCAGUAAGGGGUUGAGGGUAACCCUUACCAUUAGUAACUGCUUCCUGCUAUCAUAUCUAUACUUAGUUGACACUCUAGCACUUAUCCUAUUUGUGUGUUUUUUUGUAUUUAUCAGAGAUAAGGCUGACCUGCUGAGUAGGAAGUGCCAAAGAGCGCUGACAUGAAGUCUGAUGUCACCGCACUCCCAGAAAUACCCACACAAAAACUUAACCUCCAAGUGAAGAAGGAAAAGCUCUGCAUUUGGUCCACAGAUAUGAAGAUGAACUCUUGCUGUGGACAAGUUAAUGGGUAUAGGUGCAGGAAGCAUUUUGCUUUACCUCCAAUAGGAGAAGGAAAAGCUCUACAUUCGGUCCUCAGACAAGCAGAUAAACACCAACUGAGGAAGCCUAUCUGGCGAAACGCGUUUUGGUGAUUAUAUGGACCUGGUUUUAUGCUUUUCUUUUAUUACUGGAAUAAAUUAUUACUUUUGAAGUAGUUAUUGUUCCUGCAUCAUCCUUCUCAUCUACUGGAGUGGGAUUUGGAUCUCCCUUAAGGAUCCUACUGCUAUCCAGACUAGAGCCAGGUCACUUUAUGGCUCUAUCCUUGUGAGUGUGCUAUUUAAAGAAAUAGUGACAACUUUUGUUUUAUCAGUUUUACACUAUUGUAUCUCCCUCUGUUUCUGUUUCAGUUUUAUUUUGUGGCUGUAAUAUUGAAGAGAGGGAAGUAUUUAUAGUAUUUGUUAUUCACCGCUCCACCUAUUUGUUGUAUAUUAUACUUGCUGGGAACAGAGCUGCCAUCAUAAAUUUUGGAGCCCCAUACACAGUUCAAUGCCUGGGCCCCUACAAGAGUAAAUAAAGUCUACGCAGUGUGUAUUUAUAGUGGAUGCAGUGUGUGUGUAUAUAGUAAAUGUAGUGUGUGUAUGGUAGAUGCAGAUUGUGUGUAUGUGUAUAGUGACGGAUGCAGAGUGUGUGUGUGUGUUUGUGUGGUGGAUGCAAUGUCUGUAAUAAAUGGAGUGUGUGUUUGUGUAGUGGAAAUAGUGUGUGUAUUGUGUGUAUAUAUAUAUAUAUAUAUAUAUAUAUAUAUAUAGAGAGAGAGAGAGAGAGAGAGAGAGAGAGAGAGAGAGAGAGAGAGAGAGAGAGAAAGAGAGAGAGUAUCCACAAAUAAGGCUGCGCUCCUCGGUCUUCAUAAAAAUCAAUAUACUUUAUUGCAUUAAAAGGAUCAAGUGCAGCCUUAUUUGUGGAUACUCUGGUUUAACUAGCCUGUAGGCUUUGGCUGGCGGCACUAUUGGAUAUAGCGUGAGUGCAAGGAUUUUUUGUCUUUUAUAUAUAUAUAUAUAUAUGUGAGUAGUGAAUGCUUUGUUUGUGUGUGCCAAAAAAAAGUGAAUUUAGAGUGUGUUUGUGUAGUGGAUGUAAGGGUUGUAGCGUCUGUGUUUGUGUAUUGAAUGUAAUGUAUGUAGUGAAUGCAAUGUCUGUAUUUGUGCAGUGCAUACAGUGUUUGUGCUUGUGUAUUGGAUAAGGGCUGGGGUGAGCAUUUUUUUAUUGAUUGUGCUUAUCCCCCCUCCCUGCCUCAUACCUGUAACAAGGAAGUGGGGACACUAUCUUUUCUGGAAGUCCAAUGGCACAGCAUGCUUGUACAAUGAGGGGCCCAGAAUGCUCAUCUUUCCCUUCCUAGCCUGUCUUAGUAUUUCUCCUUCGGAACAUACACUUCCAUAACUGUCUACUCCCCUUUAUAAAUGUAUAUGUGUCUACUGAACCCCUUCUUCAAAUCUUUCUGCCACAGUGUUCAGAUUAAGUUGCUGUUUUUUUUACCUUAUACUUUUAAACUGUAUUCUGUAAACCCUUCACAAUUUUUACAGUCUCCUUUUGGACACACUCCAACAUAACUUUAUUCUCAUGGGGCAAAUUAAAAAGCAGGGGAACCUGAAUUUAACUCUGCUGUCUUUCUAUAAUAGCACCAGAGGAACCUUUAUCAGUAACAGCCCUUUAUUCCCUAUAGAUUAACCACCUAACUACCAAACAGGUGUGUGUCUCCUUUUUUUCUAAAAAGAUUCACUGAGCCAUUGUUCAAUUCAAGUACAAAUGGUAGCCCAAAGGCAUGUUUUCUGGUUCUGUAGCCACACCUUCUAAUCAAAUGCUUGAGAGAAAUCUAAGACCCCUAGGGCAUAAGUAGGUAGCACAUUACAUUGUUAAUUAGUUAACAAUACUAAAACAGUCAGAGCCUCAUCUACAAACAUGCAUUCUCAUAGUGAGCCUCUUCUUCAACUCAAACUACUGAGUCUCACACUCAACACUGCUUUAACGGACAAUAAAGUGACCCUUUGCAAAGGUUAGGAAUAUGCAUAGAAUUGAAGAGGCAGCCUUGAUUGCCUUUUACGUUUUUGACUCCUCGGUGGCUUCAAAAUUUAAAUGAGUUGGCCAUCAGGUCCUACAGGUGUAGGACAGGUGGUAACUCCCGAUGCAUUUCACUCUAAAAGUAUAGGAAUUUUCAUCUUGUAGCAUACUUCAUCAAAAUGAAAUAUAUCUGUUUGACCAUUUGAAGGGAAAAUAGUUUUGUUUCUGGGUAAGUUUGUGUACUGGCAAAUUUAGUGCUUAAUGCAUUGGGAGGAUCUGUAAACUGUUCCACUAUUAUCAUUAUUAGAUUGUAGACUCAUCCCUGCAAUAUUUAUGUGUAAUAAGGUCAUUAAAGCACAUGUUAUAUGCUGUUGAUUUCACUACUAAAACGUAUAGGGUCCAUAAUGACUAUUGCAUGUAGAAAACGUCAUUACAACUUUUGUGCAUAAACAAAUACAUACAAAUUGUUACGCAAUGUGGAUAUUCUAAACAGCAUUGUGGAAUGUAUUGGUACCAUGUGCAUGAUAUUUAAUAAUAAUACAAAAUAGUAAGUUGGAAGUUUGGUUUAGAUAAAAUGCAUUGAAAAUUUGUCUCAGAAAUACUUUUAUCUACAGUGAAUUUAAAAAGUGUAAGUGAGAUCUGUUAAGCUGGAAAAGUAUUGUAAUUAUUUUUACAAACUCCAAAAUAUUGAUUCCUGUACCUCAAAAUUUGACUUUUCAAAAGUUUAAGGGUGCCCUAUAUCAUAGCUUGAUAAAGACCUGUAUAGGUCGAAACGUUGUAAUAAAUCUUCCUGGAACCAAUUACAUUGAGUGCCUGAGAUCUUUUUCAUUAAUACCUAAUUUCAGACACAGAUUUGGUUACUAAACCUACAGUACUAGAACAUGUAGUGCAACAAGAAUUAGUUACUAGCUUAUUUGGGAAUCAUUCUGUUUCUGAUGAAAAUAAUCUAGCUCUGAGCAUUUUCAGUAAGAUACCCAAUUUUCUCUGAAAAACAAUUACAAAAUAUGUCACAAGCUCACCACCCAGAACAUUAAACUCUAUAAUAACACUCCUCACCUUGUACUUGGUUUUAAUUAACUUUUUACAAGGCUUUGGCACAAAUGCCAGUGUGCUGCCAAACCUCAUAACUUUUACAAAUAAAACUUUGCUACCUUCUAACCCAUCGAAGCUCUGCUUUUUAAAUCUGCCCCCCAUAUUCCCUGUCCACAGCCCACAGAAUGAGUCAGAUCAGGUAACCAGAAAGCCCAUACCCCAGCUCAGUGUCCAGCAUUUCUAGGUAAUCUGUAACAGAUGGGAAUCAGUCAAAUUUAGCACUAGCCAACAUCACAAAUGUAGACCCCCUCAACACCACAAAUCAAAACACAUCUCAGGGACAAAUCACAUAAUAUUAAAAUUUGGACUUGUUACUGCAGCUGAAAUAAUUUGUGUUAUUAACAGAUAGCCUACCUAUUCUCCAAUAGAGUUCUGCUGAUUUACAUCCAACUAUUUUAAUAGGGGAAGGAUGUAAUAACAUGCCAGAGGUGAUAAAUCACCCAUAGUUUUCCCCACCCCCAACUAUGCCUGCACUUCCAGGCUCCUCCACACACAGACCAGAUCAUUCUUGGAUUCACUCACAAACUGAACAGAGCUCCACAGCAGUCAGCAUGGAAUUGAGGACUCUAGCCCUGCUCACUCUCCUGAUGGGGACUAUCUGCUUAUCUGAAGGUGAGUGGAACGUUGGGAUAGAAUGUUUAGAUGCGAACGUUCCAUAAAGCUGCAGUGCUAUAGAUCUGAACUAUUAGAGAGUCCACAUUUCAGAGUUAUUUUGUAAACAAAAGCAUCUUGUUUAAGUUAUCGUAAGUUAGUGUGUUUCAAGUUAACGAAUGUAGUACAACGUGUGUGCUGUUACUUUCCAUAGACCAUGUGGCAUUAUACAUGCCUAGAAGAUUGAAUUAUGUGCUGUGUGAACAUCUCCAAAAUGGACCAUUAAUUAUCUUAGGGAUUCUUCAAAAGACAGCCAGAUAGCAGCACAGGAUUUAUUAUGGACUGUGGGUCACACUGAAAGUAACAUGGGCUCUGAUUUGAUCUUUGAUGUCUUUUUUGCUAGUUUCCAUUCAGAUCUGCAGUUGAUUUUAGCUGGUGGGAAAGAGUUAGUAAUUUACAUAGCUGGGGGUGAGUGAAUGUUAAUUUGUUUCAGAGCUGUGCACUGCAGAUACAGUGUAUCACCUUAGUAAAUCCCUCAGGUGUGAUACUAACUGUACAAGAUGUUACAUUUUCCCAGUGAUCUCAGCAUUUGUUACAGUGUUACAUGUGUCUUGUGUUUCUGCUGACAAACGUAUUUCUGUGUGUAGCCAGUAGCCACAUGUGGGAUUUACAAACAGCUGUAUGAUGGGGAAAGCAGAUCCACAGCGAUCUAUUUACUAAACAGUGUUUUGGGGCGAGUUUAAAACCUACUGGUGAAAUAAAAGUUACAGUUACCUAGCAACAGAGGUUGACAAAAAGUCUCAAGUGCAUCAGAGCUUAACUCUUCACACAUAUGUAUUUGCUGUUGAUCGAACAGAAGGUGUUAACCCAUUACAAAGUGAUUUACAAUUGUGCAACAAAAAGGGAAAAUCAUGUGUGACUCCUAAAAUAAAUAUUGGAUUAACAAAUUUAGACAAUUAAGACCGAUAUAGCAUGUGCUGGGGAGUAUAUGUUGAACUAAAUUGGUGGAACUGGAGAUUGUAUCAAGCUAUAGUUUUAUUGAAUUUUAGCAUAUGAAUACAGACCUCGCUGUUUAGUGAAUAAUCCCCACUGUGUAAGACUCCGCUGGUACAAUGUACAGAGUGGAUUUACUGGGAACGAGAAAGAAUACGCUGCACGCACUUCUUAACUGCUUGUCUGGUGUACAGCGCCACGGGACAGGUUGGCGCUUUCAAAUACAAUGAAAAGUAAUUGAUUCAGGUUGAAAGCAUGGGGGGUGCAGGAUUUUUCUCCUUAGAGUAAAAGCCUAGCAAGCCAAAUAUAAUCUUGGGCUUGGAGUUUUAUUACCCAGAGUUUAUCUUUUAAUUUUAUAAUGCUGACUAUAAUGACAAAAAAACAACAACAAACAAACAAAAAAAUACAAUAAAUACAAUAUUAAUUUCCACAACUAAAGGAAUUCUGUAAGUAUAAUGCAGGUCAGGAUCUCAUUCUAUUGCUCUGUGCACUAACAUGGGCUCUAUACUUGUAUAUUUGCCUUGUUUAUUACCAAUGUUAAACCCAUUAUCUGUCAAAUUCCAUUAUUAAUAGGAUUGGUGUGGAAUCCAUCACAUAUUUCCCAAUGACCCCAUUAUCCCCUCCUUAGUGCCCGCCACCGGGCUGCGGAUUACAGGGUCAGCUAGUGCCAUUAGACGACAAAAGCUCUUUCUGGCUAAUGUGGUGUGUGCUGCUCAGUGGGACAUUAUUGUUUAAGGAGAGACAUGACAGCAAGUCUGUAGAUAAAUGGACCUGUCUGGUCCCAAUGUCCAGGCUGCAGAUCAUCUCUCUGCUUCACUGCUCCCCUAAAAUUACCCCAUCAAAUAGAGAUAUAGUCACCUCUGCCUCUAUUAUACUGCAGGUUAAACCUCUCCCAAUUUAGACAUCUGUCUCGCUAAGUCCUAAUGCCAUGGUGGGGCUGUAAUAAUGGGCUAAUUAAAUGAAUGUUCUCUUAAUGAGUACCAAUGAAGGCUGUUGUGGAGAUAUUUCUAUAAAUGCAAUGGGAAGAAAUGUAUUUAAGAAGCCUAUUAUUUGAUAUUUCUGUAGUUCAAUGAUAAUUAUAUUAUUUGCCUAUAGAUUUGUAAAUUCUUCAUAUUGAAAUGGUUUCAGGACUAAAGCUGGGGGAUAGUGAAUUGUGGUUGAGAUACAUUUUACAUUAAUCAUUAUUUAGAACUUGUUAUAAAUGAUCCAAUAUUAAAAUUAUAGAGGCAUGCACUGCUCACUUUGUUCAGAUGAAUACUUUGUUUUGUCGAAACGUUAUUGUAAGGGAAAGCUUCUUAAACCUUUUCUUCAUACACAUAAAAUGUCGCUGGUUCGACAUCUAGAGAACUCCUUGCCUUAAUAAUAAUAAUCAAUGUCCACAAAUAUUUAUAAUAAUAUUUGUGUACUAGAUUGUUUUAGCUAUUUGAAGUUAAAUUUUCACAAAAAGGCACAUUUUGCCCUAAAUACUUUCAUGUAAAUAAAAAAAUGCGCUGAGCGCAGCGAGGGUCAACGUUUCGCUUUAUUUCACAGCCUUUAUCAUAAUCGUAAAUAUGCUCAAGGACAAAACCUUUAUCAUUGAUAAAGGUGCCACAAAAAUAAAUAUAAAUUAAAUUAAAUUCUAUUCCUAUGAUAUAGUAAUGUAGUAAUAUAUACGUACAUUAAUAUAAAUAAAUUUAGAACGAAAUCUACUCCCCCUUGAUGCAUUGUUCUUGCAUAGCGAGUCCAUUGGUGAGGACAAGACUCGGAAUCUUUAGACUUGGGACAAUUAUACGGUUGGAUGAGGUGUCUGGUUGACUCUGUCACACUUUAGAAUAGACUUUCUUUAUAAACUUCGGGAUCAUAUGUGUGAAAUAAUGUUUAGUGACUAUUUAUUCAUCUUCAAAGUCACCCAGAAGAAACCUUUCCACUCUGGGAAAAAAAUAAAUAAAUUCGGUCAGUAGAUUCAUAUGAAGGGUAUAUGAUAUGGACUUAUUUAUUGAACUGCAAACUGUGGACCAAACCUCCGAUCAAAUAACUUAGUUUAAGAAAUUUCAAAAUUCAGUUUUGAGCUAAAUUAGCAAUCUCCUAGUCAAUGAUCAACAAUCCUCUGCAAAGAAUAUAGAUUUUGUAUAUAAAUCAUAUUGUACAUUUUUAUGUGAUAUUAUAAAUAAUGUAAUCGUGGGGCUAUUUUUGGGGGUAGUGGCAUAUACUAAUGCAAGAUGUGGAAGCGGGAUCUAUACAGUUUAAAUGUGACGUUUCGAUCACCCUAAGUGUCUUCCUUUCGCACAACCUCCUAUUUACAGCAGACUGAUCUUGCAUUUCCAUCAAAAUUCUAUUAAUUUUAUAUAACAUCAUCAAUUAGCAAAUGGCAUUCACUAAAUCUCUAGGUAGAUAUAGGUUGCCCAGAGGAGACUAACAGAGCUACUAACCUUAAUUACCACCUUACAUUCUUCACCUUAAAUAAUGGAAACUUUAGCUCCCAACGAAUAAUUUUUGUUUACAAUUACAAGACCCCCUCCACCCUAAGCCCAGCCUCUGGUGUAUUUAAAGGAGGGUGAGCUUAGGAGUAAGAUAUGUUCAUGGAUCUUUAAAACUGACUGCUGAUAACUCUAGAUAACAAUUUGUUGGAGAUUUCCUUAAAGUGAAUUGGAAAAACAUUAGCAUGAGCUUAUUGGAGGCACCAGGGUCCCAGCCAAAGAGUCUGUGAUGGACUUUGCUAUCUCCAAAAAAAGAGAUAGAGAGGCAGAUCAUACCCUCUAAUCAGGCAAUGUGCAUAAUCCACCUCAACAUGUGUAUCACUAGUCAACAUCUGGAUACAACUGACCAUUUUUUUGUACCCUCUACAUUCAGAGAAGAACUGUAUCUUAUAGCUAAACUAUUUCUAUUUGGAGAUCACUGUUUGCCUCUGGUUGUGAAGGGGUUAAUUUACCUCUUCAUUCAGUGGAGAACUGCACCUUAUAGCUAAACUAUUUCUAUUUGGAGUUCACUACUUGCCUCUGGUUGUGAAGGGGUUAAUCUACCUCUACAUUCAGAGAAGAACUGUACCUUAUAGCUAAACUACUCCUAUUUGGAGAUCACUGCUUGCCUCCGGCUGUGAAGGGGGUAAUCUACCUCUGCAUUUAGAGAAGAACUGCACCUUAUAGCUAAACUAUUCCUAUUUGGAGAUCACUGCUUGCCUCUGGUUGUGAAGGGGUUAAUAUACCUCUACAUUCAGAGAAGAACUGUACAUUAUAGCUAAACUACUCCUAUUUGGAGAUCACUGCUUGCCUCCGGCUGUGAUUGCUACAUUUAGAGAAGAACUGCACCUUAUAACUAAACUAUUCCUAUUUGGAGUUUACUGCUUGCCUCUGGUUGUGAAGGGGUUAAUCUACCUCUACAUUCAGAGAAGAACUGUACCUUAUAGCUAAACUACUCCUAUUUGGAGAUCACUGCUUGCCUCCGGCUGUGAAGGGGGUAAUCUGCCUCUACAUUCAGAGGAGAACUGCACCUUAUAGUUAAACUAUUCCUACUUGGAGUUUACUGCUUGCCUUUGCUUAUGAAUGGGUUAAUCUUCCUCUAUAUUUAGAAAAGAAUUGUACCUUAUAGCUUCAGAGACGAACUGUACUUUAUAGCUAAACUAUUCCUAUUUGGAGAUCACUGCUUGCCUCUGGUUGUGAAGGGGUUAAUCUACCUCUACAUUCAGAGAAGAACUGUAUCUUAUAGCUAAACUAUUCCUAUUUGGAGAUCACUGCUUGCCUCUGGUUGUGAAGGGGUUAAUCCAGUGCAAGGCUGCUGUAGGCUAUAAAUAAAGGGUGUCUGUUUAUUAUAAUUAAUUCCCAAGUAACAGACAGAGCAGUGAGGUGAGGACAGAAGUAUCUCAUUCUCAGCUUAACAGAGAAAGUCAGUGUCAGGCUCAAUGGGAUAAAAAGGAGCAAAAAUCUAUUUUAUCUUUGAUGUUUUUCCAUCAAGUAUGAAUUUAUUCUAUUAAUCUGCCUACACGAUUUAUCCUGUGCUUGGCACAAUGGCAAUUGUAGAAAAUGAGAAACACAUCCUACCAUGGAUAGUCUUGCUGAGUCUUGAAAACAAUGCUAAAUGAUUAUACUUUUAAUCCUGAAAAAUAUAACAAUGUUUAAUACAUCAAUAAUUCCAACAUAAAUAAUGCUAUUAACUGGGAUUAAUGUGGAAAGCAAUGAGGUGUUGUGACAUGCAAACUAGCUUGCAAAAUGUAGAUAGAGUUGGAAACAAACAAAUAUCUACAAUCCAUCUGAAUUAGAGAUAUUUUUUUUGGUGUCUUAAAUUAUAGACAUUUAUUCAUAGACAAGCAUUCAUGAAUAUAAUGUUUUCUGUAGAAAGAAUGUGACUGGUUAGAAUUAGAGGAUGUAAGUUGAUGGCCGGUGUUGAGAAAUGUGUUUUAUUAAAGGGUUUUAGAUUAGUGGAGUUGCCUUCCAGCAGAGAUGAUGCUUCUAUAAUCAAUGGAAGCUAUAGUUCAAACUUGUAAUUUAGAUAUUAUUGUCCAGUAAUUCAAAUCUGUGGUUUUAAUGUGUUGAUUAGGUUGAACUGUUGUAUUUUAUAUACCUUAUACAAUCUAAUUGUAUAUUUUAUAUAUGAAAUAUAUCAUGGAAAAAUAUAAACAUAAAAUAUCGCACCAGCAAAAAGAUGAAGACAGCUAUCCUCAAAUCUAAAAUACAAUAUCCAUUCAUCCGUCCAUCCAUCCAUCCAUCCAUCCAACCAAUCAACAAACCAACCAAUGAUCCAUCCAUCCAUCAAUCCAUUUACUUAUGCAUCCAUCUAUUAAUUCAACCAACUAACCAACCAACCAUCCACCCAUUCACCCAUCCAUCCAUCCAACCAAAUAGCCAACCAACCAUCCAUCCAUCUACCCAUCAAUCCAUUUAUCUAUCCAUCCAAUCAACUAACCAACCAACCAACCAACCAACCAUCCAUUCAACCAACUAACCAACCAACCAACCAACUAACCAACCAACCACCCAUCCAUCCAUCCACACACCCUUCAAUCCACUUAUCUAUCCAUCCAUCCAUCCACCCACCCAUCCAUUUAUCUAUUCACACAAGCAAGGGAAUGAGUUAAGACUUACAUGCCCCCAUGGUAUUGAUUGCUUUAUGCUAGACUAGUGUUCUUGGCUGAAAUUGAUAUUUCCAUUUCUUCUACAGACAAAAACAGCUCCACACAGCAUGGUGCACAUUAGCAAUAUCAAAUAUAUAUAUAUUGAUAUCAAAUGUUAAGGCUUUACAACAGAAAUCCCUCAAACUGAUUUUGCUUUUAGCAUUUUAUACAGAAAUGUGAGGUUAACCAAGUCGGUAUCACAUUAAAUCAAGUUAAGAAGUUAGAUCUGUUAUCUAUGGGCGAUUAACCAAGCCAGCGCCAGUUUAAAUCAAGUUAAGACGUUAGAUCUGCUGUCUAUUAAUACCUAUGUUCGUAUUGUAUGACGCAUUGUUUUGCAUUGUGCUUGGUUAACCACACACACAUCACAAUCCAAACAUCCAUUGUUCUAUUUAAGUCGACAUUGGAUGCUUAAAGGGCCCUUGUGGAAUGCAGGUCUUUAUUGUUUCCGGUAGGUGAUUUAGACCUUAACAGAGAAUACUGACCAUUCUUUUUCUGUUGAUCCAUCAUCCGUGUAUGUACACCCUAUAUAUAGGCCUCAGUUACACUGACUGCCAAUCGGAUCCUUUAAUUAAUAAUCUCCAAAUGUAUAUUUUUGUUUAAGAACUCCAUUCACCAAAUAAGAUAAGUUGAUUUUUUUACCCAUACAUUCUCUUACUGUUUUCAUUUUCAUGCGUGCAUUGAUUUGAAAUUUCCUCCUAAAACCCUUCACUAUACAUAUAUUUCCCUUCCAUUCUUCGUGCCUUCUUCUCUUUGUGCUUUUACUAUCUGUGUCUCAUAUUUCACACUAAUAAUCAAAUACCCUUCUUAGUGUUUAUUUUGCAGCACAGCUCAGCAUGUGCGUGUGUGUGUGUGACCCUUAUAUAGGUAGACUCAGACAAAACACAGCAAUAAAUACUCUACUCACGCUUUUCUAGAACAGAUCUUUACAAGAUAUCCCUAACUGUAGAGAGUUAAUUUUAUCAAAGUGAAAGAUUCGUGAACACACCAAUAUUCAAACACGCAAAAUAAAAAUUAUUCAGGGUCAAUUUCAAAUUUUAGAUCAAUUCAGGUGAAUUUAAAAAAAUCUUCAAGCCAUCAGUUUUGAAUUUGGCCCAAAUCCUGAAAUUCAAUUUUCAUUUCUGACCGUUCACAAGUUAGUGAAAAAGCCUGACCAGUUUCUAAUUACAAACAGAGAUUGAAACUCAAUUUUAUUUUUAAUAUGGAUUGUAAAGUGCAAUUAUGUUUCACAGUGCAAUCUCCAGGGCCGGACUGGGAAUAUAAAGCAGGCCUGGAAAAAAUAUAUCAAAGAAAUAUAUAUUACAAUAGGUAGGUUUCUUUUUUUAAUUUAAAAUAUUGGUCCUUUCAGGGUAAAAAAUUAAUUAUACAGUAAGCAUACUCACAUGCCACACAUACAAUCUCACUGACACAAGCACACAAACUCACACAUACAUAAGCUCAUUGACACCCACAAAUAGGGUCACUGACAAAUAAUCUCACUCACACACACAGACAAACUGGUACACACACAAACUCAGCACAGACAAACUCUCUGACAAACAUAUGCUUAAUAAAGACAAACUAACUAAUAUACACACAGAAGCUUACUACAGACAAACUCAUUGCUAUCCACACACAUGCUCGCUACAGACAAGCUCACUGACACACACACAAGCUCAUUACAGGCAAGCUCACUAACACACACACAAGCUCAUUACAGGCAAGCUCACUGACACACACAUGCUCACUACAGACCAAGUCACUAGCACACAUGCGCACUACAUAUAUGAAUUGUCCACUGACAUUUUAGAUGAAAUUAGUUAAGUUGAAAACAAGUAGCAGAAUUGGAUAAUCUUUUGCUGUUUAGUGAAUAAAUCACUAGAAUGCACUGGCAAAAGUCAAUACAAUCUCCAGUGUUUACUUAAAAUGUGUCUGGAUAGCUUAAGUCAGCCUAUUUAACCCCUAUUUUAUAUUCCCUCCUGUCUAGGCACAGAUUGAGCACACUCAGCAUUUAAUGCAUGCAACAAGCCCAGAACAUACUUUUUUAACAGAACAAAAUAGAACAGACAAUAAAAAUUGUUUGUUUAAUUAGCCAGCUGGGGAAAGCCAUUUUAUGAUUUCCUGUGCAUAAAAAUUCCAAUGCGUUAGAGGAGCCAUUUAAAGAGAAAGAAAAUAAAUAAAUGAUAAUUUACAUUUGUUGCAUUAAAAUACAUUCUAUUUUAGUGCAUGAUUUUGAUUAUGUCCUUCUGCAAUUGUUCUUGUCAUAUCACGCAGUAUAUUCCUUUUGAAAGGAACAUUAAGCACCAUAAACUACAUCAUCUGUCCACGGCUCACCUUCGGAGAUUAAACCGUUAACAAAUGGGUUAACUCCAAAGUGUUAAGUACAGAACUGGUCAGCUCUUCUGCUUCUUUCCGAGGUUUGAAUCAGUAAGCCAUCGACAGGGGUGUUGCUAAUAGGCUUGGAUGUAUUUUUCUCAAGCAAGGUUGUGAAUGGGGAGCUACUGAUCAAUUGAAGCUCUCAGUCUAUCAAUGGUGCCCACAUGUGAGACUUCCUAGAAAAAGUCAGUUUUACCUCCUCUGUUCUGAGUUUGACUAUUGUGGCCUAAAACUUUAAAUCCACUUUGCAUUCCCAAUUCAUGCAAUAAUGUAUAAUUAGGUCUAAAUUUAUGAAUUUGGUUGUCAUUUUACUACAACUCAAUGUUUAGUAAAUGCUUCCAUAUUUUAGAGUUUACAGAUCUAGAUGUAGAUGCCUUGCACUACCAUUAGAAAAUGACAGGGUUAUUCAAUAAAAUGAGAAUUCAAAGCGAAUUUAAAAUGUUAGGCCAAGAUAGCCGAUCUGGAAGCAAUCACUUGUUAAUGAGUAUUAGUAAAGAGUAACACAUUAUCUAAUCUUGUAUUUUUCGGUUCUUGGCAAUAUUACACCCCCAGUUAUAUAUAUGUCCAAUUAUUGGCUUGCAAUAGGGUUUGCAUGCGCUACAGCUGUUUCAGUGAAUUACAGUAUACUGCUACAGAUUGCAUUGGACAGAUCAUAUAUCCAAACCAAUCAAUAUGUAAUCUGUUAAGACAUCUAUUGCUACUCCCAGGCUUCCAAUUGUCCCAGUAUUACAUUCCAGGUGUGGGUGCAAUAAAUCAACCUGCUAAUGUGAAGCUAUGUAUACAGCCUUUUGAAUAAAGCAGUAUAAAUACCAGAUCAUUAGAACCGUGUCAUCCUCUUAUUGAAGGCAUGUGUCUGACACUUCCCCAAGUGCUGAGCAAACACAUUAAAGCUAUCUUUUGAGAUUCGUUUUAUCUUUUUUCACAAGCUUACAAAUAGGUUAGAACAAACACAAAAAAAAAGUGAAAAGCUAGAAAACCGAUAAAGGGGUUUAUUCACUAAAAACGCAAACUCUAGCAAAAUGAAAAUAGAUUUAGAAUAUAUUGGAAGAAAGUGCAGAUUUGGAACGAUUCUCCAACUUAUAGUCACAUAUUUAACCUACGUUUUACAGCUUAUUUUUUGAAGUCCCAAACGGAGAUUCUGCCGACAAUACAUGGAAAAAAUAAAGUUAUCCAAACUCCUAGGUUUUUUCACUAAACUAGGUGCAACCCUCGGCUCUCCAGAUGUUGUAGACUACGUCUCCCCUGAUUUUUUGCCACCAUAUGACUGUAAGAGCAGUCCGAAGAUGUAGUCCGAAGUUGGCCUAUCCAUGUACUAAACAGUGAUUUGAUAACAGACGUGCAGCUUUUAACCUAAAAUAACUAAAUUGUAGAAAAUUCACAACUUUCUGUUAAGUGAAUAAACCCCAAGAUACUUCCAGAAAUACCGGUAUUUCAACACUGCUUAGAUUCACUACAAGUUGCAUGUAAACACUACGCAAAUGGAUGGAUUCUCUAAACACAUAUGGUGAAAGCAACAUUUUGGAAUAAUUUCAACCAACCACUUAUGUUUCUGUUUUAGCUCUCACUAUAUGGAGUCAUGGUUAUAUUAUAUUCAGAAGCCUUGUAAGGGAAUCUGACACUUAACACUAUAAACAUUGUAUUAGUGGUGAGAAGAAAACCAACAUGCUAAUUUUAACUCAAAAUAUCUAUAGGCAGAAAGAUUUGCCAGUUAUUUUGCAAAAAUAAAUAAUUAUGAAAUACAACAAAGUUGAGCAGCUGAUUUGCUAGCAAUGUAUAGAUCGAGAGGGAAAAUAAAACUGAGGUUUAAAUAAGAAAGGUGAUUUUUACGAAGGUUUUUGGUUUAUUUUCACACAAUUGGUUAGUAUUACUGCAAUCGAAGACUACAACAGCCCUCUGAGAAGGCACAGACAAGGCAUUUCAUGCAAAUCUUAUUCCUAUUAUCCUCUGUUACACUGAAAUGGUAGCAUAUCUUAGUUCUAUAUGUCCAUAAAUUUGGGGAAAUGAUUUAUUCACUAAGAAAAGUACUGAGAAGAAAAGUAGACAAAAGUAAGAAAAUAAUACAAAUUGUAUGUAGAUAUUAAUGCAUUGUACUAGAGCAGCGGUUCCCUACCCAGUCCUCAAGUACCCCCUACCAGUCCGAGAUUUAUGGAUUACUCUGCUGUCUUAAGUGUUUUUUUUUUUCUCAAAACACCUUAGACACAACUGGGUAAUCCCUAAAUCCUGGAUGGUUAGGGGGUACUUGAGGGCUGGGUCACGAUCCACUGUACUAGAGGAUCAUGGGAACAUUGUAUUUAUUUAUAUUAAAGGACCACUAUAGUGCCAGGAAAACAUACUCGUUUUCCUGGCACUAUAGUGCCCUGAGGGUGCCCCAACCCACAGGGACCCCCUCCCGCCCGGCUCUGGAAAGGAGGAAAGGGUUAAAAACUUACCUUUUUCCAGCGCUGGGCAGAGAGCUCUCCUCCUCCUCUCCGCCUCCGUUUCUCCUCCUGGGCUGAAUGCGCACGCGCGGCAAGAGCUGCGCGCGCAUUCAGCCCGUCGCAUAGGAAAGCAUUUACAAUGCUUUCCUAUGGACGCUUGCGUGCUCUCACUGUGAAAAUCACAGUGAGAAGCACGCAAGCGCCUCUAGUGGCUGUCAAUGAGACAGCCACUAGAGGAUUAGGGGAAGGCUUAACCCAUUCAUAAACAUAGCAGUUUCUCUGAAACUGCUAUGUUUAUAAAAAAAUGGGUUAACCCUAGAAGGACCUGGCACCCAGACCACUUCAUUAAGCUGAAGUGGUCUGGGUGCCUAGAGUGGUCCUUUAAACAACCUAUCCUUGCAUUUUAAUAAGGAAGAUGUGUUGAAGUAGUUAGUUACACAGACCAUGAUAGUCUGUAAUUGACAAAUGUAUUUGUCAUCCUGUCUUUACUACCUUGGAUGAGAAAUGCUCACUUUGAAAUUAAAGAUUUUUGAUGGCCCUUAUUAAGUUUACACAUUUUAACAAAUAUGUUAGUCACUAAUGCAAUAAUUUAACAUGUCUCACCAUGAAGCUACUGACCUGUUCCUGACUCCUGAGCACUUUAACAAACAUCCAAGAGCUCUGAUGUACAUUAAGGCCUAAUAAAUAAAGCAAUUGAUCUUUGCACUUUUGGACUAACAGGGUCGAGAGUUGAGAUUCGCCCCUUGGCUUUAAAAAAUAGCCUCAUAGUAAAGUACCUGGUCAAGAAUAUUUGAGGCAUUUUACUUACCUUCCACAGUAUUGCUCAUAAAUUUAGGCAUUCCUAUAAAAGCUGAUAAGUUAACUUUACAUAAAAAUGUAUCCAAGAUCGUAUGAGGGACGUAUCCAUCCCCUUUUUCAAGUAGAGUGUUUAUAGGUAAAAACUCUUUAAAAUCUCUUACAACUAAAUGGGUGACUCUUGGGUGUUCAAGUAUAGAAUGACAUUUAAUAACGGUUAAUUAUGUUUAAUAGGGGAGUCCAACCCCAUUGGGAUCUGUUUUGAGUGAGGCUGUCUUUCAUUUCCAAAUUCCAGUCAGUGUAAUGUAAGACAGGACCAAAUCGACAGACCGUUAUAAAUCAGCUGAGCAAAUGUUCUGUUAAAGGAGAAGUACCAUGAAAAAAUAUACAUGGAUUUUUUUUUCCUGAACCCCGCAUGUUUGAUGUAGAAUUGAGUUAUCUAGUGUAGCACUGACAAAGUGUUUUCUUGUUUUUGAUUAUUGUUUUAUAACAUAUACACUGACCUACAGAUUACCAUUAUAGUUAACAAAAGAGUCUGUUUUUAUUAUAGUAAAUCCGGUUUUGUCCAUUCUCCAUGGAAUAUUGGCAUUUCUUUGAUAAACAAAAACUUGUAGUAAAUUUAAAAAAUUCUCCAACUCCAAACGCAAUAGUCUUAACAUGGUUAUUUUUCCAUACGUUUUCAAAUUUGUUACAAUGAAGAAUUUAGUAAAAAUAAACCCUUGUAUUAAUUCAACUGACAUCUUGGGGCUGAAUGCUUGGGAAGGUCCCGAGUUGUAUUCUGUACCAGCUAACACGUAUAGGGUAAUUAUCUAAAGUGGGAAUUGUCAUGAAUUCAAAGUGAAUUUAAAUUUCAAAGCCAAAAUAACCAAACUGGAAGCAUAGCUAAGAGUGAAUGUUUCCAGUUUAAAGAUUUUGACGUUAAAUUUGAAAUUCAUUUUUAUUUCCUGUAAAUUCUCCCUUUAUUGAAUAACCCUGAUAUUGAUAAUAAAUUUCUUGCUGCGUAUUCAACAUUGUACAUGAAUAAAAUGCUGCGGACAAACUAAUAAUAAUGUCCAAACAUUCUAUAGUUUAUCCUGUGUUUAGUGGAGUGGGUUUAUUAAACAGAAGAGAUUAACGACGAAGACACAAAGGAAGUAUGUAAAAUGUAAACCCUAUAUUUCAUGGAACUGCCAGAGUUUGAAACGAGAAUUGUGACGCUGCUGUAGACUAUUUAUAAGCAAACAAAAUGAUAAGCUCUUUUUAAAAUAAAACAAACUGUCAGCUGCCAAAUGUGGCGUUUGUCACUAUAGUUAUGAAGCAAGCAGCUACCAACUUAGAGAUGUAGUUGAUGACAGGGGACAUUAUACAUUUUAUAAAGGCAAUGGGGUGUAACUUAAUUUGUGUAAAUUGUUUCCCCUUUAAACUGUCUACAUCUCCAAAACCUUACCAUCUGGUAUUUCAUGAUAGAGCACGCAGCGUUGUACAUUUACCCAUAUUGUGUCUGUACAGGGAUAACCCACAACAGACGUUCAGUUGCAAAACUUAGAUAUUUGGAUAGGUGGGGUGCUCAGGGUCUGAGAGUAAGAAAAAAAACAAACUUAAGUUAUCUGAUUCAAAAAAAUGCCGGUAAGAUUAUUGUAUAGAACCACUUAAUUGUUUUGGAUGGGGUGUGAGUAAUUGGACCAGAUAACGGCUCAGAUAAGCCAGCACUUAGUUUUGCUGUUAUUCUAGCUCUCAUAAUGGUUUUUAACCUUGGGCAAUGAAGAAACUUACUCUACUCUGAGAUGGCGGAAACCAAAGCAUGGAGGGGAAAUUGAUUCUUAACUGCUGGAAAAUGUUUUAACCCUUUGCUUUAUUAUGAAGAAUCUCUAUUGAGGAAGGAGGUAUCCAUUCUUCUAAACAAAGAAACUAUUUACUGCAAAACACGAGCUAAGUAAUCCUCUAAUGUAGUGGAUUUCCAAUGAUUCUUAAAGCACAAUCAACUAACCGUCUGUGUUUUUAGGGUUAACCAGUUUUAAUCCAAUGGGGAUAUUGAUGAAACCUAAGCCUCUCGCAGGGGGCCCCCAAAAUGACUUGUGCAUUGAACAAUUAAAUAUUUCUCCCUAACAGCUAUACAUUUUGUAGUUUUUUUAAAUUACUCUACAGUAUUAUUCCAAGCACCAUGAUCAUUUCAGUGAUUUGAAGUGGUUAUGGUGCCUGCACUUUGUUAGGCCUAAAUGUUGCAGUUAGUUAAUUGAGCACAGUUACCCAGAUAAAUAUAUUGUAAUAUAAAUUAUUAUAUAUAUGCUUGCAGAGUUUAAGAGCCAAAUACAAGUGUUUACAAUCCAUCCUUUUAGUAGCUAAGAAUGCAUAUUUCUCAGCAUUCCUUGCAGCCUUGACAUAUGGCAUUGGUUGUCUGUAGUAAGGGAGUAUCAGCCACACACAGCUCUGCAGGUCUGAACCAUGGAAUGACACCUACUAUUUGUCAGCUGUGUGUACUACCAGCUACAGAUUAACCAACUGUGACAUCAUGAAUACUUACUGGGUUUAUAGCCACACGGUGACUACUUUACUAAAGGAAACCAUAUUUAAUACUGUCGUCCAAUCCAAUUCUUGGACAGGCUAGGACAACCACCCAGACAUUUUUCUGAUUGUGAUGCCAACAGUAUGGCUGGGCUUUGUAUAAAACCAUUAGUUGUUAGAGCAUUAUGUAACCACUGCCUCUUAGACCUCCUUUUACCAUAAAAGCGUGUUCUGGUAGACUAUUUUCAAGAAUGGUCAUUAUUUAUCAUAACUGUAUUUUGCAUUAGUAAAGAGAGCAGAUAAUAAAUGUUGAUGUAUUUAGAAAUGUACAAAAAUGUAUUUUAAUAAGAAAUUUCUCAAAUCCUCUCUUCGUGUAACCCAUUUAAAAUCAAAGACAUAUACGCAAACCACAGCUCUGUUUUUAUGGCAUUUCUACAUAAUUGAUAUUAAAAUACAUUUUUACUACAUGCAUUUUAUGAAAAAGUGAAAUUGCAGACACACAUGGAUUCCACAUGGAAGAUGUCUCUGAAUCAGAGUAAAGAAUUGGCCAUUAUAUUAAUGUCUGUUCAUGGGAAAAGAUUCACAUCUGACUCAGUAUCAACGGGGGGAGAUGUUUCAGGAUUUCUUUGUGUGUGUCCGUAAUUUUACUUUUUAAAACAUUUGCAGAAAAAAACCUUGUAACUGAUUUAGCUAAGCACAUUUUUAUACCAUUAGUGCCUGAAAUUGCACAAAAAUAAAAUAUCACAAAAAAGAACCAAUUUCUGAAUGGACUUUUCAGGCUAUAUGUUCUGCUGAUAAUAUGAUGCACUUAGGUUGUGCGGUUAUAUAUAUGUUCUAAUCGUACCCAUUUGUAUAAAAAUAACACUUCGUUUUUAGAUUCUUCAGACAGAUCACAAGCAGAAAAAAAGUGACAUUAAAAUGGAAGUAAAGUUAGAUAGUUAAGUUGAGCCAGGGGAUGGCAAACUGACAAGAGACAAUGAAAUCCCUCCACAAAUACAGUUAUAUUAAUGUUAAGGGCUCUGUUAAGUAAAGUAGAGCUCAGUAUUUAGUUUUUUAUGGGUAUCUCUAAAUCAAUUGCUGAUCUGCCAACCCUAAAUAUUAAUAUUAUUUUGUGUUGGGCUUGACUAGUAUUUGGGCUUAGCUCAUCCAUUUGACACUUAAAUAUUUAAAGGAACACUAUAGUCACCUAUAUUACUUUAGCUAAAUAAAGCAGUUUUAGUGUAUAGAUCAUUCCCCUGCAAUUUCACUGCUCAAUUCACUGCCAUUUAGGAGUUAAAUCACUUUGUUUCUGUUUAUGCAGCCCUAGCCACACCUCCCCUGGCUAUGAUUGACAGAGCCUGCAUGGAAAAAAAACUGGUUUCACUUUCAAACCCAGAUGUAAUUUACCGUAAAUAAUUGUAUCUCAAUCUCUAAAUUGAACUUUAAUCACAUACAGGAGGCUUUUGCAGGGUCUAGCAAGCUAUUAACAUAGCAAGGGAUAAGAAAAUCUUAAUUAAACAGAACUUGCAAUAAAGAAAGCCUGAAUAGGGCUCUCUUUACAGGAAGUGUUUAAGGAAGGCUUUGCAAGUCACAUGCAGGGAGGUGUGACUACGGUUCAUAAACAAAGGGAUUUAACUCCUAAAUGGCAGAAGAUUGAGCAGUGAGGCUGCAGGGGCAUGUUCUAUACACCAAAACUGUGUCAUUAAGCUAAAGUUGUUCAGGUGACUAUAGUGUCCCUUUAAAGAGGAACUGUCACGUGCAAUGAUUUUUAAUAUUCUGUUUACUUAUUCCUAUAUUUAAGCAAAUAUGUUUUUGUGAAUUCUCAAACAUAAAAUUCAAUGUAGAAAUCCACAAAGCUUCUCUGGAACUGGGAGCCUCCAUCUUCGCACCCUCAAAAUCAUUAUGAUAAGUUUUGCCUUUUUCUGCCAUUGAACAAAGUUAGCGGAAAAGGAGAAAUCAGAACAAUAUUUCUGUUCUCCUUGUGUGCAUUGUGUGCGCUGACUGUGCAUGGACAUGAACUGGUUUGUGAUGUCACUUGCUAAAACUUAAAUAUACAGCUUAAGAGAACACGGAGUAUCACAUUAAAAAAGGUUAACAGUUAUAGGUGAUUUUGAUGUUUUUUUCAGUUGUGUAAAAUUUGCAGAGAUGUGACAGUUCCAUUUUAAGAACUUUGGAAUAGUUUUAGGACAAGCUUUGUCUGUUAUCUGAGAGCUGUUUGCAAAACAAUACUUAUACGGGCAGUCUUCCACUCCAGAGGUGACUGCAUAAAUGAUCUUCAAGUAUGAUUGUAAUGUGUUUUGGCACAAACGCACCGUUGAGCGAGUUUCCUUGUAUUUUCUCCUGGUACGUUUUCCUCUUUCCUCACUUUGUCAUUUGCUCCCUAUUUACUACCCUUGUCUCACUUUAAAAUAAACAUAUGGGAUUUCAAAGCCAUUUUCUUUUCUUCUGCUUACAUGGCUUAGAUCACUAAAUGGUAUCACUAUAUACAACUUUCCUGCUUCUGCUGGUCUAAUUUGUUUUCUAUUCCUAGUUUGGUAAUCAUUCAUCACCCCUUGUUUUUCUACCAUCAGGCAGGAAUGCCUUGAAAUGAUGUUUUAAUGUGGCAUUAGCGGAGUACCAAGAAUACACAAGGUCUUCUGCAGAGCAACCCUCAUUACAUUUGAUUGCCGCUGCUUUGUAAAUUGAGCUGCAAAUGAGUCUAAGGGAAAGUUGACUUCAAUAGAAUGUUAGUAGCCAAUGGUUUGCCAAAUAGCAGAAUGUCAACAUGUGUAAUUAAUAUGAAGCACAUUGAUUGUUCAUCAUGCUCAAUGUUACCAAAUACAACAUUCUGCAUGUUAAGUCAGCAAUGUAAAAUCGGUCUACUUUUGUAGCUGAUUAACUGACAUUGGCUUCUGUAAUUCAUGAUUUAGGUGGUCUUCUCAAAAAUAUAUUUCAUUUGUGCAUGGUGGAUACAUUUGGUGUGGCCAAAUCACGUCAUCUAAAAAUAAAAUUUAGUUUGGGUAGCCCCUUAAAGACCAUUUCUUACAUGGAUACAGCAUAUUAUUUUUCAUUAUAUCAUAUAAGUUAAGCGCAUGUUAUUCUUGUUAGAUUUUUUUAUUCUUACAUGUCAGAAUUCAUAGAAGUUUUUAAAUUGGAAUAUUAUCUUUACAAUCGAUGUUGUGAAAAUCUCUUACUUUUUUUAAAAACAAGAACUACUUAUAUUCAUUUCUCUUUAUAGAGAGUUUAACCGAUUUUAAUGGCUCACAGUUUGUUGGCAGACUCAGACAAAAUGUAGACUCACUAACUUGCUCAUUGGGUCAUGUCAGUUUGCUGUAAUGGAUAUGGUACAUGAAAUGGUACAUUAGGGAGAUAUUUAAUUAAUUUGCUUUAAUUAACUGCACCGCCUGCAUCUGUGAAGUAGCAAUGGGACUUCGAGGCUGGCUUUGCAAUUUUGUGCAAGUUUGAUAUUCACUGUCAACACUUGCAGUGUGCUAAUGACGAAUGCAUCGCCCUUCCAGUUACACACAUUGUGCUAUGAGCAGGUCUGUGUGUGUGAGCAGGUUAUGCAGUCAUAGCCUAGCACUGUCCCUCUGUCCAAUCUCCGUUAGGCUCAGAGCACUUUUGGAGCAUGCACACUUCAUCCUCAAUGCUUCUCUACGGGAAGCAUUUGCUUGGACAAGGCCCAACACUAAGUUCGGAAAUAAGGGGCCAGGCCAAAAAGCCACAAAAACAAGAAAUGCAGCUAGUAAUAGGUAUAAGUUUAGGGAUUAAGAAGGGAAUGAUUAUAUAUUAUUUAAUAAGUAAACAGCAUGACAUUAAACAAUAGUAACCAUUGACAUAUCUAUUCCUCUAAAAAUCUAUUUUACAAUAUUUCAAAAUGGUUAAAUAGUAUGUAAAAGUGUUAUGGUAGGAUUUAUUUAAACAAGUAUAAACGUGUACAUUUUAUGAACACAAAUGCCAGGCGUUUCAAAUUCCAGAUCCAUUGGGUUUUAGGACCACAUAAUAUAUGUCCAACCUCUAAAACUAUUUAUAGAGACUGAUUUUUAAACACAUUCAUUGCAGUUAAAAAACACACAUUACUGUGAAUAUUGUUGGUGUGGAGCUCUGUUAUACACUCAGAUACACCAACAAUAUGGAGCACCAACAAUAUAGACUAGAUAGAUAGACUUGAUAGAUAGAGUGAGAUCACACAGAAUUACCAUAUCUGAGGAUAAACACGCAAAUUGCUAUCAUUUUCAUAACAAUUCAUGUUAUUUUUCUACUGGACAGAAUCCAGUAUGCAAACACCUAAAUUGCCUGCCCUUAAUUAACUUUCUGAAUUGAAUUUUUCCAUUCAAUGUGGGUAUUUUACCUACACUUUACAAUUCAGAUGCACAUACAAAGCUUGAUGAAUAACCCCUGCAGCAUUCAAUUCACAAUUUACCUAAUACCAUCCUAAAGCAAUGACGCCUUGAGGUCAUAUAUUUUCCUGAACGCAUAUCAACUGUUCAUGCUCUCAAUCAGCACGUGAAACCAUCAGCCUUGCAGUAUGUAGCAUUCACAUGCUGCAGGAAGCUAAUUAAUUAAUCAAUCAAGGUGAUCCCCUCCUUUAUCACUGAAUAAAUGUCCUUCUUGCAGCAUAUUAAUUAUACAUACUGAAGCAUAGCAUUCUUCACGUACAAGAGAUAUUUGUCCAGGAAUAAAUUUUGAAUCUAACAUCCCUGCAUGGGAUCCAAACCCUACAGUACCUCUUUAUUUGCACGGCCAGGAAGACACAGAACAUCAAAAAGGAACCUUGUUACUUUGUAAUAGUAAGUAGAGCUUGCAGAGAGUCUUCCAGACCUUCACAUGACUGCACUCAAACUAAGAUAGUCCUUAUUCUCCCAAGCAGAUAUGCGAAUGAAUAAUCACUUUUCAAAUUCUAAUGAAACUUUCGGAGACUGUUAUGGAAAACACAAUACAAUUAUAAUCAAUAGAUCGGCCUUCUUUCUGGUACAAUAAUGUACAUAUCCCUAGCCUUGUGUUGGGUGGUCUCCCUAUGUAAAAUACUGUAAAUAGAACAAUAGCAAUGCACAUAUACAUUUCAUUUCAUUUCUGGCAGCAAAUUCAAUAUGUUCAAUUAAUCCAGAGAAAGAUGGGUUUCAAGUUGUCAUAAACAGAAAUUAGUAUGAAAUAUUGCGUUGGUAUUUGUUCUAAAAUAACACGCUCUUGGUGUUGAUACAGUUAUUUCGGUGUUUAAUCUUUUGGCCGAUUUUUUUUUUUUUUAAACAUAAAACUCUCUCUGGAGUUGACUACUGCUCCAGGCACCGAGCCGAAAAAACGUUGCCCAGAGACAAUAAACACCGACUCACCGGCGCAAUAAAGACAGAGCACGGACUCCCUGUGUCAUGGGGAAGAAAUCCAAAAAACAGAGGGCAGAUCCGAGCACAGGAUCUGGAGAUAUCGGAGCUUUUCUCCGCGCAGCCACGCGGCCGGCAAAUCCCAAGAUGGCGCCGGAGGCCUACACCUCCCAAUCCUCGGACGAGGAUAGCCACUACACUGAACACUCCAUACUGAGCCAAGGGCGCCAGGCACCUCAGAGACCCCAGGAUCAGGGAGACUCAGCACCCGCUACCAAAGCGGAUAUCAAAGCCCUGGUUAAAGAAAUCAAGACCAUGUUUCAGGCAGAUAUGGCACUGGUGAGGGAGGAUAUUGCUGUGCUAACAAACAGGGUGACAGCAGUGGAAGAGGGCACAAAAGGUACAACGCUGGCGCAAAAUGCCACAGAUGCUGCACUGAACGCCUUGCGCAAGCAGUGUGCCGACCAGCAAGCACAACUGGCGGACAUGGAAGAUAGGCACAAGACGCGGAACCUGAGGGUCCGGGGAGUACCGGAGACAAUCUCUGGCACUGAACUGCCACAUUUCUGCCGACGGCUUAUAGCCACACUUCUGACACCACGGCAAGCGAAACAGGUAAUGAUCGAUUCCUGCUUCAGGCUCUCCAGGGCGACCUCUACGCCACGAGAAGGAGCUAGCGACGUCCUGAUAAAAUUUGUGAGAGACUCUGACAGGGGAAUACUUAUGGGGGCCACAAGAGACACUCCCACAGUGCCAUUUGAGGGGGCACAACUAGCUUUUUACAGAGACUAUUCAAGACACACUAUACAAUGGAGGAAAUCUUUCCGUCAGGUUACACAACUACUACGGGAUCAAGCCAUCCCCUACAAGUGGGGCCCACGCAGACUACAGGCGGACAAGGCAGGCGUGACACACAAGCUAUCACACACUGCUGAAAUACCGGCAUUCCUCAGAGCAUUGGGCAUACCGGCGCAGGCAGCACAAGAAACAGCUCGACCACCUUGGACUGUGGCAGAUAUCACCCCCUUCGUGCCCAGAGGAGAAGGCCUACAAGCUGCUACCCUGCCUACUUGAUACAGCUGCAGCCAUGCAAGUUCCACAUAUUUUUACCUGUUGUAGACAACAGGAGCACCAACUAGACCCGGGACUGUUAAUCCCCCUCCUUAGAUAACUUCCUCCCACUGGCUCCGUAAGCUACGGCUCAGGUUCUAUGACCAAGUUAAUCCCCCUCCCCCUUUUUAUUGUAUUUUGAGUGCACAAAGCAGAAUUAAUAUUGCCUGUAUCCCUCACACUCGAUAAGCGAAUACAGCCUUUUUACAAAAUCAUAGCAUUAAGCCCUAUUCACAGGUCCGGCAGGACCCAUGCCAUAUACCCACACAUUUAGACGUGCCUUAAGUCCACGCCACAUAUACCAUGCCACUACUAAGCCUAUGGGCACCCACAGCUCUGACCGAGCCCCACUAAGCAGGUCACCCUCCCUGAUGUGCCAUUUGUUAAUGCCACACGUAAAUCCACACAAACGAGCUUCAGGGCACUCACCGCCAUAGGAAAGGAGCCCCCCCAACACAUCACCACUUCCCCGCGAGAGUACAGGCGAGAGAGGGCUGUAAAAGCUAUUCGAAACUUAAAAAUGGAUAUCUCCCGCAACAUGUUGAAAUUACUGUGUGAUUUGUUCAUUAUAUUGCCAAACAUGUAAUAUUGUAAACAACAUGCUUUAUCCACAAAAAUAAAGAAUUUAAAAAAAAAAAAAAAAAAGCAAACAGUAUUAAGACAUUGACAGUUAAAAUGUCAUGUAAAACUCUCUCUGGAGUUGACAGAUGUGAUAUCUUAGGUUUCUCUAAACUAGUUUUCAAGGUUCUAGGGAAAAAAAGGAACGUCAAUUCUGGCCUUUUACUUUUUUUUUAUUUAAAGUGUCACUAACAUAAAAUAAAAUUUCAGUUUUAAGACUGCGUUGGAAUCAGGAGUACUUAUGUAUUUAUGUAAAGAUAUUAUUGUCUCUGCAGAAUUCUGUUGUUUAGCGUUUACUUUUAUAUAUGAAUCAGAGCGAUAUUAGGCUAAUAUAAGCUGCUUUUCUGUCUUUAGUGUAUUAUCAGGUAACCAGUCAGUUUAAAAAAAAAAAAAUUAUAUUUUACUAUGGAUAUAGACUAUCUGCAACACAUUAUACUGUCAAUUUAUCAAGAACUAGUGGUGACUAUUGAUUAAAAAUAAUAAACAACAUAGUUAUGUUGCAUAAAUGUAUUGGGAGCAUCUGCUACGAUUCUCCACCAAUAUCGUGGCGUGUGGGUGAGGUGAGGUGAAUGAGUCCACAGCAGUCCGUGGUGGGUUUACAGACGCGGACACUUAUCAACAUGGAAUGCACUCUUAAAAAAUAAAAAAUAAAUUAUUGAAAAGAUUUUGCAGAAAGACUUCAAGGCAAGAAUCAGAGUACUCCUUCACUGACUUCCCUUUUUAUUAUAUUAGCAUUGACAUUACAGUGCCGAUGUCAUUAGUUUAAGGGUGCUCCUCAGGGGAAGUGCCUAUUUUAUGGGCUUGCUUCACUGUAGAUUGUUACCUGGCUUCACCUCUAGAGGGCAGGAGCAGAGAAUGGUUUUUAUUUUAUUAAAGGCCAGUAACUUCUGGUGUAAAGCUACAACUGAGAAAAAAAAUAUUUAUUAAUCUAAAAUAUACAUGCAUGUAAGGAUGGGAGAGUCUCAACACAUUAUAUUGCAGAGUCCAGUAUAUAGAAAUAUAUUUACUGUAUCCAGAGAACGUUAUAGGAAAUCAGUGUUGUCUUGCAUCAUGCAGUUGUUGGUUUUUUUUUUUGGUUUGUUUUAUUAAGGAAAAGGAUUUAUUAUUAUCAUUAUUAUUAUUUUUGUACUUACAAGUUAGCAACAUAUCUUGUAGCACUGUACAUUGAACAGAUAGAGCAUACAGAUGUUUAGUGAAAUAACAUUUCAAAGAUACAGUAACAAACAUUUAGGAGGGCCCAAAUGAAACGCAUUCACAUUAGUAAUCCAUUCUUAAGCCAUAUGUAACUCUACAUAUUGCUUAGCGCCAUGCAAAAUACGCACAUUUAGCCAGGAUGGUGUCAUUUUUACUGCAGCUGGAAGUCUAUAACAGUCACAAGGUUGUGUGACAUGAAUUACAGGCAGACAUUCAAGGCUCUUUGGAGAGCUGAGGACAAUUACUACUGAGUUUUUGCCACUAAACUAGAUACGACACAGAUGGUUCAGUCCCGAAAUAAUAUCUUCAUGUAUUAGCCAAGAAUCGUCAUCCAAGAUGUUUUAAGUUUGCUCUCCAGAUAAAGCAUUAACAAGGACAGAGAAUGCUAACAUAAUAGAUUUAUGUAUUGUGUAAAACAUUUUAAAUGCCAUCAAGGUUCCUAUAGCAAUGAAAUAUGUUUUUCUAUAAUUAAUAAUGAAUGAAUCGACUGAACGAUAAUACCAUCAAAGAAAGCCUUUAUAAGGGAAUGUCUACUAUGCCUCUACAUGAAAUGAGUUUAGAUAAAGAAAAUAAAGGAAGAAUUCAGGCACAAAGCCGCGUACCAAAUGCAUGACUUUUAUGGAGAGAAAUAAUAGCUCCAACCUCUUAUCUUUCCUUUCUUAAGGCAUAUCUGUGUGAUAUAACAAAGUGUCAACAUAUAACUGUAUAACCAUUAUGUGUGUUUACAUACAAUAUUUACUAAUUUUAAGUAAAUUGGGCUGUUCAUCUUUAGUGAGCAUGCAAGUGUGACAUACACACAAAUGCUUGGCAAAUUUUUUACAUAUAGCUAUAAAAAAAACAGGGAUUUCUUGUCCUGAUGAAAGCUCCAUGUGGGUGCUGAAACGUUGAUUUUUAUAUGGAUUAAAUAAAAGUUAAAUUUUAUUUGAAAACUAUCAAGUGGAGUGCGGUCCUUUCUACUAUAUAUAUAUAUAUAUAUAUACACACACACAUAUAUAUAUAUAUAUAUAUAUAUAUAUAUAUAUAGUGUAUAUGUAUAAAGGCAACCUUUGAAACUCCAUAUGUUGUAGACUACAUUACCCAUAAUGCCAUUAACAGCCAUAAUGCUGGAAAAGCAUCAGGGGAGAUGUAGAACAGCAUUAUAGGUAAUGUAGUCCACAAUAUCUGGGGUGCCAAAAGUUGCCUAUCCCUGAUCUAUGUAAUGCAGUUAAAGGGACACUCCAGGCACCCAGACCACUUCUGCCCAUUGGAGUGGUAUGGGUGCCAACUCCCACUACCCUUAACCCUGCAAGUGUAAUUAUUGCAGUUUAUUGCAGGGUUAACUCCUCCUCUAGUGGACAGCCACUAGUGGGCUCUUCCUGGUUCAUAGCACAGGUUUGUGAGGAUCUCCAGCGUCGCUAAAAUCCCCACAGGAAAGCAUUGAAAGCAUUUUCAAUGCUUUCCUAUGGGGAGGUCUAAUGCAUUAGGUCUCCCCCGCCGGCGGCCGCACAUGCGCAGUCGGUCUCCCCCGCCGGCUGAUGUGGGCAGGGGAGGAGCGUGGGCGUACCCUGGAGCAGCGCCGAGGGACAUCAGCGCUGGACUUUGGUAAGUCACUGAAGGGGUUUUCACCCCUUCAGCAACCUGGGAUGGGGGGUGGGAGGGAGAAGGGACCUGCAGUGCCAGGAAAACAGAUUGUUUUCCUGGCACUGGAGUUUCCCUUUAAGCAGAAUGGAUGGUAAAUCCACCAGGGAUUUCCUGUAAUUACAUAUCAACAUGUAAAUCAGUUGAUUACAUAACAAUAUGGUUAGCGAGUGGAGACUUAACAACAAAUUUCUUUAAAGGGGUUUUCCCUUCUUGCAAAAUCUACCCCUAUUUUUAUGAUACCUAUACCUCUCACUUUGCUACUGGUAUCUCUUAAAAGUUGAAAAACAGAUCACAUGAGAAGUCUUCUUGCAGCUUUGCUACUGAAACAUUGUCCCCUCAAGGAAGGUAACCAGAUUUUACACCCAAAAUGGGUGUUCAGCCAGAUAGAAAAGUUAAAUUUUUUCUCUGAUGAAAUAUGCUUAAAACUGAAAAAAGGAAGAACUUUAAAAAGUUUGUCACUACAUAUUUCUGUUAGAUCAAUAAAAAAGGCACCGCUUGAUUAUUUUAGUUCAGUAUUUUUAACCUGAAUUUUUCAAGUUAGUUGUCAGGUCACAACUCAUAAUUUAGUUAAUAGGCCCCCAAAUUAAGGACAAAUACACACUGCAAGCCAAGAUUACCAUAAAAAGCUGCACUUUUACCAGCACAAUUAAUGAGCAGCUGCAGCUCAUUUAGUACAUGGUCUACAGCUCUGGGGAGAAAAAGGCUAUUUUAAGUUUUAUCUUAACCCCUUAAGGACACAUGACAUGUGUGAUAUGUCAUGAUUCCCUUUUAUUCCAGAAGUUUGGUCCUUAAGGGGUUAAAGGAAGUCCAUUGUGUAUUUAUCUUUUGUUCUGCUUUCUAAAAGAUCUUUAAAAAAUGAUAAUAAUAUUAUUUAGACUUUUCCAACUAAUAUAUAAUGAAAACUUGAAUUGUUUUUCUCUGUAUAGAAACUCAGUUUAUUUUUGCCUAUAUAAAUGAGAUUUACGUGUCCCCCUAUUAGCCCUGAAAUCAGAAUAAUUGUGACCUGCUGCAAAACCCAAAACAAAAGACAAGUGUGAAAGGGGCACUCCAGACCCAUAAAGCAAGUCAGCUUGCUGUGUGAAGUGUAUUUUCUAUUCUACUAAAAGUUUUAAAUGGCUCUUUUAUAAGUUAACCUUGUUACAACCCUCUGGCUAUCAAUCACAUCACUGGUCCUGUUACUUCCUGGUUGCUUAGAUCAGUGGAGCUAACCUCAAGAGGAGGUAAAUGGCCAGAGCAUCUCUCUUGCAAAGUCUUCUCAUUGAGCUGCAUUGGGAAGUAUGUGAUUGGACAGUCAAUUAAUGCUAAUCAUCAAAAACAAAUUGUUAACAUUUACAGUGAUUGACUAUAGAUUUAUUGUGUCAGAAUAUAAAAUAUAUACUAUGCCUAUGCUGUUCAUAAGGAUAUUAUUAUGUAUAUUUUAAACACUGUAUUUAUAUGGUAGCCUGAUACAGGCAUCUACUACAUUUCCUGCAAAAAACAAACAAAAAUCACCUGUAUGUAUAGGUUAAUGUGCCAUCAAAUCUAAUGAGACUUUAUUUUGCCAGUCAAGGUGUGCAUUAGAUUUAAGUAAAUACGGUAUAUAUAAAUAAACCUUGAGUUCCACUUCAAAUGUUUCUCCAGUGAAAAGUCUUUAAAUAAUAAAGUAAUAGUACUUUAUCUUAUGAAACAACAUUGCAGCUUCAUCCAGUAGCAUCUCAAUAAAAAAAUAAUUAGUAAUUAAUUCGUUGAGAGACAGUACCCCAGCCAGGCCUUUUCUAAGGUUUAUAGGGUUAAGAGGACAAUGGAAACUUGUGAUUUUUUUUUUUGGUAAAGAAUUCAUAAUUUGCUUAGUUGUGUGUGAUCUCUGCUCUCGGCAAGAAGCUUACAAUCCCGCUGUUUGUCUUUUGAUCCCACAGAGAAACCGGUCAGCUUGAGUUACCGAUGUCCCUGCAGAUACUUUGAAAGCAACGUGGCCAAAAGCAACAUCAAGCACCUGAAGAUUCUGUCGACCACCAACUGCUCUCUACAGAUUGUGUAAGUACCCAUCCCCUCCCUACAAAAAACAACCCUGACCCCUCUUCAGCCUCCAGCCGGGCCUUAAGUUUUGCAGAAGCAAUCCUUCCUUGUAAACUAUAAUUUUUUUUAAUUAAAACCAUAACACAUGCUUUUCUUCGUUAUGUAAUGAAUCUUCAUUUUCAACCAGACAAGUCACUUGGUGGUGGCAUUAAUUUCAUGACCAUAGCUUGAACCAACUUGUCUCUUGCCUUCUCUAUGUAUCACAAAGUUUUCCAAGUGCUUCAAACUCUUCAGGAUGAAUAAUUGCAACCCAUUAUUACAGGUCAUAUCUCUAGACUGGUCACGUUCUGACACAUACUGUUUCCUUACCACCACCUACUCUUCCAUCACACAAUAAAGGUCAGGCACUGACACUCAUUGCUGACCUAGAAUCCAUGCCUACUAAUGUAAACAGUCAAGAAGGUCAGGCACUGCCAUACAAUAUCGCCAACAAAAUACUGUCAAAUACAGAUAGUGCUAUUUAUUAUAUUUAAGACUUGGGUGUUUUAGAGUGGUUUGAAGGUUUGAAUAAUAUAUAUCUAAAUAAAUGCAUUCUACUUGCUUGGGUUCAAUGUAUUCCCAUGUCACUCCCAACAUAACCAUGUCUUCUCAGUUCCUGUGCACUAAUCUACUUCUCCUCUUUCUCUGACAGUGCCCGUCUGAAACACAGUGGUAAACAAAUUUGCCUGGACCCCAAGAUUAAAUGGAUUCAGGAAUAUCUGGAAAAAGCCUUGAACAAGUAAGCAGGCAACAGCAGAGGUGCAGCCACCACCCCCGGCCUGAAAUGUGUUAAGACAUGUCCUCUACGGGCACCCACAAACCACUCUUUUGGAAUCCCGUAACGUAUCUCCUGCUGAGCAUUGUCACAACCCUAACACUUUCCAAAGACUUAAAGGGGGUGUCUCUUUGAUAAAGCCGAGACCGCAAAAUAAUCACUUUUCUACACCUUAAUGUCUUGGUGGUAUCUCCAAAUUCACAAGUGAACUCCCAUAGCCAGUUCAUUGUAAGAUUCACAGCCAGGCUGCUACUGUGAACUGUACCAUUUGCAGUAAUAAUAGUCUGUAUUUAAGGUACGGUACAGUAUUACACACUAUAGUUAUAACUCAGUGUUACAGAAGUCUAACAGACCUGUUCAGUCUGUGCGUUUUCUCUCUGUGUACAGGUAUUGCUCUGUUUAACGUAAUUUUGGAGCCUAGUGAGCUGUGACAGAAGGAAAGAGGGCUAUGCCUUGCAUUACUGUCAUUGAGUGCUAAAUUACCCUUUUAAAUCGUUAUGGGCUACUGCUUCAGUGCAAUGCCGGUAUAUCCUGCCCCUAUAAACAGGAAGACAGGAGAGGUGCCUGUUAAAGGAGCCUGCCUUAUCUUCUGUUAUGGGUAGAGUACAUGCAUUUUAAAAUUUUUAUAACCACAGGACCAAUUUGUGUUGUAAAUAUAACUUUUAUUUUGAUACUUUUUCCGGUGGGGGUGGGUCGGUGAUUCUGAGGGUUACUUCGCUCCCACCAAAUGCAAUACAAUCUUCACAUUAAGUCAGUGCAAUACUUUGCAGGUCCUUCAAGUAGAAAGGAAUCUGUGAGCCUAGCAGAUAAAAAAAAGGACUUCCAUUGGCUCUCUCAGACAUUUCUAAAAACUCACUGAAUCAUCCACAAAGGAAAGGGUUAAAACUAGUUUUUUCAAACGAACUACAUGAAUUCUGUGAUGAUUCUUUACUUGGAACCUUGAGAGUUCCAGUGUUCUACGAGAAGAAUGAAAAAACACAAAAGUCUUCUCUCAGUCAGCUUCACACCAAAUGAGAUUUCCCAGCUGCCCAGUGUUUUAUUUUGAGGUUCGCAAAAAUCCUUUCAGCAUCUGGUCUCAUUCUCCCUAGCCUACAUGAAGACAGCCCUAUUCCAGCUGCCUGCAUGAUUUUAUGAAUAUUUUCUUAACCUGCGUCAAAACAUUGGUUUUGCUUCUAUGCCAAAACGCAAAUGCCAUAACAAAACACAAGCAUACAAGCUUUGCUUUUUUUUUUUUUAGUAAUUAUGCAGGCAAUUCUUACCAGGUAGGAAUGGACUUUCGUUAGUAAUUAUCAAUGUUUAAACCUGCCUUCAGGACCAACUAUAGAUUCUUUUUAAAAAGCACUUCCUUUUUUUUAUAUACAUUUUUUAUUUAACAAAAAAAACUCUUCCUUUUAUAUUCAACACAUUGUUCAUGUACAUAAUUUGCACCGCAGCUGCAGGGAACGUACAAAUGCCAAAUAAUACAGUCACAUACUCUGAUUUUAUCGUUUUUGUUUUCUGUAAAUGAGUUGGCCUGCUUACGGUGCAAAAAUCUGAAGAGCAACUAGUAGCAGCCAGGAUGUUUGGUACCCACAUCGUAUGUUCACAAGACGUAAUGUCUAUAGACGCAUAAACUCUGUCUCAGAUAAACUCUAUUCUGCUAUAAUCCAAAAAUCAAUAUUUUGAAAUUUGUGCACAUGGCCUACAAAGUCAUUAAAUUAAGGGAUAGGACACAGAGGUGCUGAGGCAAAACUAGUAGGAAACUCAAGAGAAAGCAACCAGGAAUCCAGACAGCCUGUGUGAAAUCAGAUUAAUAAUGGUUUAUGCACAACUGCCAGCAGAAUAUGCCUAUUUAGUUAUGCAAUAGCCCCCUUCUGUUGCAACAUUUUCCCAUCUGUUGUUAAACCCCCAGGGCUUCUUGACAAUCGGGGGGCAUACAAAGUCCCUGAUAUAAAAAUUGUUGCCUAUCACUAAAAUUAACCAUUAUAUUAAAAAACAAAACAAAAAAAUGUAUACAUAUUUUCAUCUUUUCUAGCGUAGAGAGUGAGAUAAUCCAACCAAGGUUUACUGAAUGGAAUUUGGGUGAAAUUAUUUACAGUCAACAAAGUGUCUUCCUCUGCACCCUGGUACGCAAUUAUGUUUUCAGCAUUGGAACCCCCAUGCUUUGAGAUUUGUAUAAGGGCAAAAACAUACACAAAUAAUUCCAGACAUGAAAAAAGGCUUUUAUGUGGAAAUUCCCUCCUUAAUCUUACAAUUAUAUCUAAUAGGAAGGGAAACUUCUGAGAUUAAUCACUGCCUAUCUAACAACAAACGGAAGAAUGAGCUUUGUCAAUCACAUUUGUUUAUGCACAGACAUAGUGUGUAAACUGUGCAAGCUCUUUCUCAGUGGUCAGAAACCCAUUCUCACAAUGCCUCUAAUGCUUGGAAUACUAGAGCAGGGCUAGGCAACCUUCGACACUCCAAAUGUUGGGGACUACAGCUCCUAUUACAGCCAUAAUGCUGGCAAAGAUGUAGUCCACAAAACGUCAGAAGUACCAAAGGUUGCUUAUCCCUGUAUUUAAGGCUCAAUUUGAAGGAUAGUUUAUGAUAAACAAUAAAAUGUAAUCCAUUAUAAACUCUAGCACAGGGCUAGACAAAAUAUAGUUCUCUAUCUGUUGUGGUGCUGGAACUCCCCUGAUGCUUGGCUAUCUUUAGGGCUAGCAAAGCAUUAUGGGAGGUGUAGUUCUACAAUGGAUGGGGGUCUAUGUUUAAGCCAUCCAUGCUUAAUCGGGUUCAUGCCAGUACUCUGCUCCAGAGUUGUUAGGGUAUGGGAAAAAAAUUGCAAAGCGAUGGAUUGUGUCCCAGCUCUGAUACCCAAAGGAUUUCAAUAGUAGAGAUCAGGAGUUAUGUAGUUGAAGCACUAAUAAUAUAUAUUUACAUAUUAAUUUUAUUUUAAGUCCAUCCAGCAUCCAUCAGAUCAAUUACUGUGAAAAAAAAGACUACCGGCUUAAUUCACCAAACCUUGAGUUGAGAUAAACUAACCAGUAACCUUGAAAAUCACCUCAUUUGGAGAUUAUUUAAAUUUUGUCCUAAAAUGAGACAGCUUGAUGUUACCUCUCCACAAGUCUAUGUUGAGUAAAUAAAGCCCUAUUUUUCACAGUUAUAAUCUGGUAGUCACUAAAAAUCAUUAAUAAAGACUGAAAAACAGGCCACUAAAAAAAGGCUAGGGCUCAAAUACAAAUAAAUGACCCAUUUUGUUACCAAAUCAUACCAUCCCAUACCCUGCCUCAACAGUUUAGCAAAGUAUUGUAUCAGAGUCUAGACAAUAUUUGUUUUAUACAGAAAUAUGUGUAGCUUUAGGUAAUAUAGAAAGAACAGCUCUAUGGUUAAGUUCUAAGAAUGGUACUAUUACCAUGGCAACCAACCAAAUACGCUUCCCUGCUUAUUGUCCCUUUUGAGUACUUUGCUGUAGAAUUAUUAUUCACGUAUCACCCACUGUAUAAUGCAUUUAGUCCCCACUUCCUGUGCAGUGCUGCAGUCAGAUCUAUGUUGGUGUUUGGUGUGCAAUCAGAGGUUAGAAAUUCAAUAAGAGAGUUUGAUCAUUGGAUCUAAAAGUUUGUGUUGAGCACACACAGUACUCUGUGCCUAAACAGUAAAACUGUGUGUUAUCCCUUUACUGUGUAUAGUUCUGGCAAGUUCACCUGCUGAAGGUUUAUGCAUUGUAACACAUUGCUUAAUUGAGUUACCCUCAAAAAAGUAAUGAAAGAACAUCUGGCUGGCCUUUCCUGGAUGUUGGACAACCCCCACACUCUUACCUUCCUGCCCCACACAUACAUCAAUUCUUCUGAGUGUAGUGGGACCCUCCAUGCAUAGACUGCUUUUUGUCUCUUUGCAAACCUCUGACCUUGAUACAGGAUGUGCAUUUGCUCCUGUGUGAGGGGCCAUCUUAAUUAAAGACACCGACCCUCAAAGACUCUCGUAAAUUAGGUGCCCCAGAGGUGCCUCUAGGGUUAGACAACCAGAACCAAAACAAUGUGACAAAGCUCUUAACCCUUUCACUGUCAAGAAAACAGCCAAGGAAUAUGAAGUUACCCUCUUUGAAACCAGACACUUGACAGCCCCAACUCAUAAAAUAAAGAAUUCUGUGUCUGCACAGGAUCUGCUGAUGUGUAAAGGAUGUCUAUAAGAUUCUUAUUUUAACAAUGUAUCCAUUCUUUCUGUGAUCUUUGGAUUUCAGUCUUGAUCGUUACGUUCAAAUUAGAUUUUCAUGACAGUGUCGGGGUUAAUGUAAAAUAGCUUUCUUACAUAGUGACAUUUUUUUAUUUGUUGCCACCCGGUUUGUAACCGAAAAUAAGUUGGGGAAAAAAAAGUGAAUUUAGUGCUGUGUUACCGUGUUUUAUUGGUAAGCCAGGCAGCAGAUCUGUUAAAUUGACACUUCCUUCUCACUUUGAAAUGAUUAUAUAGUAAUCAGAGCACUAACCCUGCAUUAUAUUGCAAGGCUUUACCAAUCCUAACGUGGUCCAGUACAGCUGUUGACCUUAUCAUAAAUACAUUUCUGAUUGCCAUAGUCAACUUGCUGCUGGCAUUGUAAAGAACUAGCCAGAUCUUGCAUGGCCAUUGUAGAUCUGAGAAAAAAAACCUGUCCCUCGGGUAAUUAUCAUUACAAGACUUCUUUGAUAAACGAAAAUCAGGCCCAGCAGGCAUUAACUGUGCAGGUAUUUUUAUGUAAGUUAGUGUGAGCAGAUAAGAUUAGAUCUCGCCUUUGAGAAACAAUUUUUUUUGUUUAAUGGAAAAUAGGUGCUAGAGGGCUACAAUAAAAUCAAAGCUACCCUGUAGAGUGCUAUUUCACUAUCAAUGUACAGAGAUGGGGCAAAACUGCUGCAUUUCAAACCAUAGAAAUGUGGGGGCCAAACAUAUAAAUAGACAACAGGCGGAAUCCUUAGCUAAGUUUUAUUGGUUACGCCAUUUACUUAUAAAGAAAAGCCUCAACCACUGUGUUCACAUGCACAUUCUGUAUUUAUGAGGAAGUUAAAAUUUUGGGGUGUAAUUAUCUCUCUGUUAACUCUUAGCCUCUAUAGUUUUCUAAAGAAUUAAUUAAUUGUUCUGCUUACUUUACAAACACCAAUAAAGACCGAUCUGCAGCAUGCACAUAGCAUUAUGACUGUAAGAGUAUUUUGGUAGAUGUAGUCCACAACAACUGGCGCGUCAAAGGUUGCCUACCCCUGGUAUCAAAGUGAAACAUGGCUUGCUGAGCACCCUCAAGUAUAUCUUAGUACCGGAGUAGCUAACCUUCGGCACUCCAAAUGUCGUGACAUCUCAGAAAAUGCUCUUAGCAUCAGGGGAGAUGUAGUCCACAACAUCUGGAGUGCCGAAGGUUGCCUAUCCCUGUCUAGACUCAUAUACUUAAGGGUAUGUGCCUUAUAUGACCAAUGAUGUUUUUACUUUAUAGCCUACUGAUUGUUUAUCGGUAUAAAAUGGAAGGAAUGCAAUUUUAUGCAAACCAAAAUUUGAAAUGUUUUGUAAACUUGCAUUGGCAAUUAGAUUGAUUGGAACAAGGACUUCAUCAUCUGGCUGUAUGCUGGCCAGAACUGAUGGAGAAAGGGAGUUUGCCUUUACAUUUCAUAGGAUCUUGGACCGAAAGAUCUAAUUCAUGGAUCUUAUUUAUUCCUAGAAACUGAAUGUGAAUUAUGUGUUCCAAUGCAUUCUUGGCUGUUCCGAGAAUGGGGAUUCUGUUGCACUAACUGCAUUCCUUUAAUCUAGGUAGGAAAAUCCUUGGGUUCCAAUUUUUAGGGGUGCCUUGAUAACUGCUUCUCUGGGCCAAUGAUGUUUUCUUGGGAGCAUAUGAUCCAAAGACAAAAUGACAAAACAUUUUUAUUGAAGUAUUAUGUAUGUUCUGUAAACCUUCUGCUUAACCCUACAAUAUGCGAUUCAUUUCUAAUCCUGUAGCUGUUACCUAGCUAAGCAUAGGAUGUGAAUGUGUUAAUGUGUUAAUCGUCCAUGCCUCUCUUGUAAAUAAUUAUAAUCUUUGUUUAUCAGAGUAUUCAAUCAAUGUUAUAUUAUAUUUUAUAUAUUUUUCUAUUUGUAUGGAUAUUGAAGAAAAAUGCAUUAUUCUCUUUUGAUACUUUGUGUCAAAAAUAAAAACUUUUUUUAUUUUUACUCACGCCUCAUGCAUUAUACAAGCAUUCUGUCUGUUAAUUCUGUUUUAACAACUCCUUCCGCUAAUUAUUUUGUUCUUUUUUUGUUCCUUCUUUGCUUUAAGCUAUGCAUGUUUUACUAAACUAAUUUUGUCAGUAUUACUGCACAGGUACCCACUUAACCUAAAAGAUAUCCUACAGAAUUAUAUGUUCAUAUUUUACACACUACUUAUGUUAAAGGGACAGUAAAAAUCUUGUAACAAAUAAACCAUUUAUUAAAUGCAGUGGUGAUACAUUUACGUGUCGUACUUAACCAUUUAGAACAAAAUAGGCCCAGCCUGGAAGGUUGAAAUAUAGUUUCUAUUUUGAUAAUCAACUGGGCAACUUUAAACAUUUAAACUUUAUUGAAAUGUAUUUGAAUCCAUGCGACAUUAAAGUGACACUCCAGGCAGCAGGUAUUGCAUAUGUAAUGGUUUAAAAAAAAAAAAAACAAUCAAAAAACAGUCCAAAGUAUAAGAGAUCAUAAAAGAUACCAACUAUUACAUUUCAUGCAAUUUGGUGCAAAUCUACACACUUUACAUUAUUGGCUCUGAACUCAAUGAAGUAGUUUGGCCAAUAGGGAGCCUCUCAGUCUUGUCUAUGGCAUCUAAAAUUUGUGAAAUGUUUAACUUAGCGCUGCAAGGUUUAAAGUGUAUGGAAGGGCAACUGAUUAGCAGGAAGCAAAGCUCUCUGUACUAAUUCUCAGUUCUGCUUAGAGCAAGAGUUUCUGAUUGACUUUAACGUCAGCUUUUUACUCAUCAUAGCUGUUAUAUGAAUUACAAUUAUCACAAAACUUUACAGUGUACACCUGUCCAGUGCCCACUCAUUUAAGUUUUUGAAAAAUCUAUACAAAAUACAGAGUGGAAUCAAUUACAACUAAUUCUGUGGGUCUGAAGUCGUAAAAUACAUACACGUUUAAUUGAUCACUGGAGUGUAUGUUGACGUUAGCCUGUAAGGUCCAAAUUUAUUCAAGUUUGCUUUCAUGAGCUGCAAUACUAAUUUUAAAGGUCACCCCAAAACAUGCUUUCCAUCUUAAUUUGCUCCUAAUUUGCUAGCUAACCUUUUUAUUAUGCUCCACAAAUUCUUUGUGUUUUUACUAAAAAAAAUAUAAUUUAAAAAUAUAUCCAAAUAUUGACAGUGGUUCUAACAUUAUUAAAAAAAUGAAACAUUUUGGGCAGGUCCUCUACAUCAAUUAUUGCCCUCUUAUCAGUAUUGAAGUAGAUAUUAAAAGAUUAUUUUCUAAUCAAAUCUGGAAACAUUAACAUAGCAUUACAUACAACUGUGUCACAACUAUGUUUUUUUUUAAUGGAAAAAAACCUAUAAUUUUAGUUAUCUUUAAAUAGUAAAUUUAAUAUACAUAUAUAACACGUCUUAAAACCAGUAUUUAUAACUACACUUACUAUUAAUUCAGCCAAGAUAUUACAAGUAUAAUUUUAAAAAAAUAUGUAUUUCCAAAUUUCUUUGUAUUUUGCCUAAAAUUCAUUGCAGGAGUCCAUGUUUAUUUAAAAAAAAAAAAGAAUUAAGAUUAACUGACAACUACGUUUUAAAUUCAGUUGUCAAUUCAUCAAGUCGGUUGACACUAAGUAUAGUUACAAAAAGGGCAUAAACCAUAAACACAACUUUGCACUAAUAAUCACAGUGCACAAAACUUCUAUUUAUAAUUAUUAAUGAUUUAUAUUAUAUCUAUUAAUAGAUUGGAUCCUGUCACGAUGUUUAUUAAUCAAAAUGUGUUAUAAUCACAUUUUCUUAAGAAUGUUUUCUUCUAUGUCAUGAUUUUUCUGUCACGUAUAAAAGCAAAAAAAUAUUUAAAACAUGCUAAUUCACAGUGAACAAUAAAUAAAUAAUAACCAAUAAUAAUAAUAAUAAAAAUAAAUAAAUAUAUAAAUAAAUUAUUAUAAUAAUAAAAUAAAAUAAAAAAUAAAUAAAAAUAAUAUAUAUUAUAUAUUAUAAAAUAAUAUAUAUUAUUUUAUUGAGCCAUUGAUAAUUUAUACAUUAUAAUAAUGACAGAGAUAUAACCAAUCAACAAUAUGCAGUAACAAGAUUAUAUGUCAUUAAAAAUAUUUCAUGAAGUUCAUUCUGCUCAAUAUUACCGAAUGAUGGGAAACAUUCUUAACAAGAAGAUACUGACCUCCAAGUCAGGUAAGUUAAAAGGUUUUCUAAAAACAAAUAAAUGAAUUAAUAAAAACAAUCUUUUGUGAAUUUUGUGUCUUUUGCUGAUUAACUUAAAGUUGUUUUUAGUGAAAAGGUACGUUUUAAAAUGCAACAAAAUUUUUGGUUCCAUGUUUAUGGUGAAAAACUGUUAUAAAUACAUUCAGUUUUUAAAUUUGAGCCUCACAUUGUUAAUCAGAGGUUUAGUAAAUUUGGAGGAUUACCAGUGUGAGGAUGUCAAUAUGUGCCUGUCAUUUUACCUGUGGUUGCAAAUGUUAAUUUACCAAUCUAAUUAUUAGAAUGAUUCUGAUAAUAGCUGUGAGGUACAGUUUCUAACCAGAUUUAUUAUUUGUACUUAGAAUAAAACCUCUAGAAAAAAAUAACAUUUGUGGUAAUUAUAAAAAAACCUUUACAUUUAAAAAAGACAAACAUUUUUUUUUUUUUUUUUUUAGAAAUUUAGUGACACUUUCAGCAUUUGGUUUUGCGGUGUCAGUUUUAAAUUAAGCAGACCUUUAAGAAAAGCACUCCGAAUUAUUCACUACACCAAAUAUUGUUAGGAAUUGAUUGGGGAGGUUAUUUUUUUCUCUUGAGUCUAUUUCAAAAUAGCAGAGACAGAAUUAUAGCCAAUAUGUUUCCAAUUAAGCUUUUUUGGCCAACAAUUUUUGAAUUCACAUCGUUUUGCUUCCAAUGUUGUUGCUAAAUUUUAUUAAUAAAUAUCAGCAAGAAGCAGCAAUUUCCUAACUGCAAAACAACACCAAUGAUUUUAGGUAAGAAGUCAAACAAUUAAAAAACGGGUUGACUCCUCACGGGGAGGGGAGGGGUGCGCAAGGGCGCUCCUAACACUAUAACCACUACAGCGAGUGUUGCUUUAGCCUGUACUUACCAACUGGUUUCCAAGCUUGCUGCGAUUUUAUGGCUACCUCUAUCUCACCAAAUUUAAAACAUGCCUUUGCCAUGUGGAAACAGAUGAAAUUAAUUUAACAACUGCCACCUCCUGAUACAUCUUACAGGGAAACAAUAUAUAUGAGAGGUGAUAUUACAUUUAAAGCUUUAAAGCACAUUUCAUUUCUUUUAGGUAUAGAUUAGACAUGGUUUGAAAAGAUCAGACACAAUUUUAGAAAAAAUUUUUUCUUUUAAUACGUAAAGUGAAUAACCAUUUCAAAUGAACGGUUCACAGAAAAGUGGCCAACCACAAAAUUAAGGCAACAGCGAAGACCCACAGGGUAUUCACACAGAUGUGGCAUAGUACAAAAUCACAGCUCAGUACCAUCCUAUACAGUGAGCAUGCUCAGUAUGAGCCUUAAGUACCAUAAAGAUGUAGAUGGUAUGGUCACAACUUGGUGAACCCUAUAAUACAGAUAGUUUCUGGGUGGGGCUGGUGCGUUUGUAGUAGUAGGCCAUCAAGCAUGGAAGCCAGCCGGUAUUUUCUGGACACAAAUAUCUAUAUGUUAUUGAGCUUCCAUCUUUACCUAAUUGGCAUUAUGUUCAUCCAUCAAUUUAUCCCACUCAUCUAAUGGAAGUUGAUAAGAGUUAUAGAGUGGGAAAGAGGGAGGUUAUCACUCUCAGUGGUUAUGGUACAAGCAUUUUUUGGGGAGCAGUCACUCUGGACCUUCUGCUGUUCCUGAAAUAAUAUGGAAUUGUCACUUCUGCAUACCUAUGCACAUAUGUCCAUAUUUGGAUUGCAAUAACAGGCUAUGAGCACUAGGUUAAGGCACCCCAGCCGAUCACUGUCAAUUAAAUAUGUACAUAUGUAUAUACUGGAAAUUUUAAGUGGAAAUUCAACAUCCAUAUUAUCACAGUGACAGUAGAAUGGUUGGGUGUUGGAUGCUGCUGAGAAAGUCUUUGUUUUUGUAAUACAGAUUAAAAAUAGUUUGAGGAAAAUAUUGGGGUCUAAACCCCAAAAUGUCUAUUAGCAUUACAGUGCUUAAAAUGUCCAUUUAAAAUAAUUAAGCAUUCUUUCUAAUAUUCACGCUACGGAAUUCCUAAUCAAAUGAAAAUACACAAACUGAGGUUAAAAUCUCUAUGUUUAUGUUAAUUUAUAGAAACAUCACGUACAGCUUGUGUUAAAGCAUGUCUUCUAACAUCCUUGCAAUAAGAUACCCAUUAAAAUAAAAUAAAAAUAAAAAGGUUUAAUAACACUAUUAUUUAUUAUCACAAUACUUUCUCUUUAAGAGGAAACGGCCAUUAAAAGCAACUAUAGUUAUUCCAGUUCAAAAAGCCAAAUGUAGAAAUUCAGUUAAAUCAUAUCAAAGGACUAUAAUUCAAUUUAGAAUUUAGAAAUUCGCUUUAAAUAGUAAAUGAUACUCAAAUGGAUAAAUGGUGUAAUUUUUCUGAAGUUAACAUUUAAUCAAUCAAGAGUGCUUUUCAAAUGUAGGAUGACAAUAGGAUUUUUUGCUUAGUGUUCUGCAAAACCGCUGAGUAAUGAGAAAUACAGUUAUAUUUGAGAAACUGUGAUGCGUCAUUAAAUGUUAUGUCAUUAAAAAUUUUUUUUGCCUUUUAACUAGCUCUUAAAGGAAAACUCCAUGCAAUAUAAAAACUACAGUGUGCUCAGUGUGCUGUAGUAGUUAUGGUGCCAGGAGUACCCAGGUGUCACCCCCCGCUCCCAUUGUAAUUAGCCAAUCUGCUUUAGAACAGUCUACUUUUUACCUUUAUUUCCUGCCUCCAGUAAAGAUACAGGAGAGCUGGAAGCUUUUUGUCUGAGCUAAGUCCGGCAGUGUAGGGUUAGCUCAUUGGCUGAGAGUGGUCAGCUUAUAAGGCAGCCAUGCACUACUGGGAUUAGCUUGGAAGGGCUAACAGGCAGACUUCCAAAUCUUCUGUUUGUGUAAUGGAGGAAGAGAGCAGGAAAGAAGUCAAACCAUUGUUUAGCAGUUUGACUACUUACAUUGGUGGGGCACCAGAGUACUCCUGACACCAUAAUCACUUUAGUGGUUAUGGCACUUUGAGAGUUCCUUUAAGCGGACAAUAUGGGCAUAUUAACCACUCCAUCUCAUUGAUUGAAUCCCUUGGUGCCAUCUGAAUGGUUUAACACUAAAUGAGAGUACCUAGCAGACUGCAGCCUAGCUCUGGCAAUGACUAAUGAUACUGAAUUAGCCCAAUUGGUGAGGAGAGGCAGUUAUUGCCUGAGAGUGUCAGCUCACCUAUUUCAGGCUAUUACUGCCAUCCAUUGCUGGUAUGAAUUGGUAUGGUUUAGGUGGAGUAUAAUGUCCACCUUAGGCAAACUUCCAUCAGUAACCAGGCACUAGGUGCCCAAGGACCUUCAUUCAGUGUUAAACCAUUAAAAAACUAAGACUGAACGCAGGGAUGUCACCAGAGGAAUUAAGACACCAUGACCACUUCAAUGAGCUGAAGUGUUUGUAAUGCUUAGAUAGUCCCCUUAAACAUGUUUUUUCUACAUUAUUUUGGUGUUCUGUGGGGUCAGCUAUAGCAUAGAGUCUACACUAUAGCUGACCAAGCAGAACACUAAAUGAAUGUAGAAAAAAACAUGGUCUACACCAGGGAUAGGAAACCUUCGGCACCCCAGAUGUUGUGGACUACAUCUCCCUUGAUGUUUUGCCAGCAUUGUAGCUGUAAAAGCAUUAUGGGAGAUGUAGUCCAAAACAUCUGGAGUGCCGAAGGUUGCAUACCCCGGUCUACACUAAAACCAUGCAAAGCCAAAAGGUACAUCCACAGCUGUUGUACAAAAACUAGUUAGAUGUGAGUAAUACAUCCAGAUCUAUACUAACUGUGUGAGCGGAGCGUAACAUAGAAGGAGGGUAUACACCCUAAAAAGAGUAUUGAACUCAGGCGUGAAGUGAGUACAUGUAAAGUAAACAGGAUAAAACAAUAUAGUAUAAAUCCACAAAAUAUGGGCUUAAAAGGUACAACAAACGUGUAUUAACUCACAUUGAUAAGAGCCUCUAGGUGACAGGCUUAAAUCACAUCAGCGUUAGUGUCAUCUGAUGCGCUCCACUCACACAAUUAGUAUAGAUCUGAGUGUAUUACUCACAUCUAACUGGUUUGUUUUUUGUACACUAGUAAAUAUAUAGUUGGUGAAAGAGAAACCUACUAGAGUGUGUAGCAGCUUUGUUUAAUUUAUUACUGUGCUAUCUUUAAGCGCACUGUACACAGUAAACACUUUUUCUACAUUCACAGCUGUUGUAGAACUUCAAAUCCUAUGUUGAUUUGGCAGACUAAUGGCAAGUGGCUAGCAAAGCAUCAUAGGAGUUGAAGAUCUGUAACAUUUGGAGAUCUGUCUUUUGGCUAUUCUCAUUAUAGGCUAUUAUCCACCUCACAUUUCUGCUUUGGAAUAAUGUUACGUACAGAACACAUUCAAUAUACAUUUCAUAUUCACAUAAGGUAGUGGACUGCAUGGAAGACAAGCUUGCCUUCAACAUGUAGAAUGCUCAUCAUCUUCACAGGUAAUGAUAUGGGAUAAUGAUUGCCACCUUUAGUAGCAACUAAAUUAUUUUGUGUCUUGCAAAGUUGGGAAAAAGCAUAUUUAAUGUCUGAAUGAAUGAGUGCAUUAAAUAAAGUAAAAUGUACUUACAAGUAAUGAAAUACAAAAUAUUUUCUGUACAUCUGGCAAAAUGCUAUGUAGAAUGCCAUCAUUCGUUCAUUUUAGACUUUGAUGAACUUGCAGAUUUUUUAUGUAUUUCAAAAUGACUUUGUAUCAUGCAUAUGCUGAAUUAGUACGCGCAAACAUUCAGCUUCCCUUAACUUCACGGAAAACGUCUCAACAAGUCAACAUUCUUCUGGACUUCAACCAAGGAUAGAAACUUGGCCAAGACAAAGCAUGAGCUACAGGAAUGGGCCACAUUUCCCAAAACCUGAUCCCUCAUCAGGGAAUCAUCACCACAAACUAAUCCUGUUUCCACUAGUAGAAGACUGUUCUGUUUAAUGAUGGAUGGACAUGUGAACUUUCUCAGUGAUUGGCCCAUUAUAGGUGGAGUGCAAAAUCAUUUGCAAUAAAAGGGUCAACUACCUAAACAGCUGGAGUUGGAAACCUGUCAAAAUAGGAGUCCUCUGAUCCAAUUUUCUGUUACCACUAUUAUGAUCUAUAUUGUUGGAUUUGGAUUCCAUGUGAAGAGGUUAUGGGAAAAUCGUGUUCACCCCAAAUGGGUGAAAAGACUAUUUAUCAAAGAUCAGACCAAUUUAAAUUUAAAUGCAAACUUUAAUUUCUUUCACCCAAGUAAUAAGGUCUGAAGAACAAUUUUUAAUAUUAUUACAAGUUUAAUUUUCUUACAAAAGUCCUUUACAAAGCCAAGAUGAUUUGUUUCUUAAAAGUCAUCACAGCCAUAAUGGUUUGUAACUUAGAUUAAGCUAGAAGGAGCAGGAAGCAAUAAUUCAGUGAGCGGUUCCAAGUUUCCUGAUGUUGCCCUGAUUUGAGUCCCAACUUACUACAUUGAGUAACUACUAAAGAGCUUAGCUCUUGGAAAGCCGUUUAGUUAGAUGAGGCACCUAGGUUAAAGAAACUCUCCAACCAUUAUAGAGUGCUCAAUGUAGGAGGUGAUUGGCGCCCAGUAGACUCCAAGUAGAUUGUCAAACUGUAAGCAAACUACUUACAUUAGGUAAGUGGCAGGGAGUCAUUGGCACCAUAACUAAUACAGUUAACUAUAUUGUUUAUGGUUUAUGGAGUUCUGUCAAUAUGUUUCAUAGUAAACUAUCUAGAAUAACAAGUUGGCUCUAAAAUGUCUUUGACAAAUAUGCCAAGAUGAGAAUUUGAGAGAAAAUUUUUGUAGAAUUAUGGCUGAUGUGCUCAUCCUUUAGUGAUUAACCCCCCGAUGUCUACUAAGGUUAAAGACUAAUGGCUUUUCUUUCAAGGUUUUGGGCUUAUUUCAUAGUGUGCUGGUGGGUUUAAAAUAUGCAACUUUCUUGGAGUUUUAGGUUAUGCUAAAGAUGAAGUAAGCUUUACAAAAAUGCAGGUAAGUGGCUAAACUAAUUUCUAAUCUACACAUUCAGAGAUAUUUAGAUAAACAUUUUAAAUCAACCUGUUUUUAUCAUUUUAUAGUAAAUUAAGCAGAUGCUCCCUUUGAGGUGGCUCUGUCACCUUCUGGGGUCUUUGCAUUAAGUGUGAUUUCACUGCUAUGUGUCCAGUGGCCGUGGGGUGCAGUGGAAGGAAAGUUUUACUUACCAGAAGCUGUCGGUAACGGUGACCGCCAUUGUCUUCUUGCUGGUGGCUUCAGCUCUUGGCACUUCGUUUGCCAGGAAUCCACAUCAGUGCUGUACUUUUGCACACUGAUGUCUAAGCUAGCUAUACAUUUUGGCAAGUUUUGUCAAGCGGAGGAAAAAUACAUAGGACAAAGUAGCUUCUACUUUACCUUAUGUAUUUAGGAGAAAAGAAGAACAGAUCAGGAGUGAGGAAGAGAUGAGGAAAGAUUGAAGCAAAGAAAAUAUACGUUGAAAUUAACCGUUUAGGAGCAAUUACAUGAAAUAAAAAACAUAUUGCUGGGCAGUAUCAAUACGUAUCAAUAAGAGCUUUAAUGGCAGUCAGUAAACCAUAACAAACAUCUUAAAAGACAGUAUAACAAUAUAUAUGCACCUGUUGACAUGAGUAUAUAUAUAUAUAUUACCAUUUUUUAUUUACCUGGCACUUUAAAUAGCUUGAAUUAUACACCCAUAUCUUAUAUAUGCUAUUUGGAUUUUUUACUGACACGUUUAACUUUUUCUUUAUGAAACCUUAUUGUUGUAAAAUAGAGUAGUCUUCUUCAAAGCAUGAAACAUUUUAUUAACAUUUCUGGUUAACAUGAAAGAGAAAUAAUAGUUACAUACUUUAUGGCAGUGCUAUUUUAAUGCACCAUAUUUGAAGUUAUUUAUAUGCAAUGUAAGGGUAUUGCUGUGGGUACAAUGUUUUAAUGCACUGGGUGUAGGUUUAAUGCUAUAAGUUUGAGGUUAAUACAGUAGGUGCAGAGUUAAUACAGCAUGAUGUGGGGCUGUAGGCACUGUAAUUGCUUAAUUUUAUUCAAGUGGUCCUCUGGAGCUCGAAGUUCAACAAGUCUAUCAAUCUUCGUACAUAAUUUGACAAGUUGUAUAGUAUUAAACACAUCAAUAUCUCAAUGUAACAUAGUUUACUAGUGGCAAUUAUAACUCCAUCAGCUCAUCACUUAGUCUCAGUGUACUCUUUUUGGUAGAGUUGACCUUGCUUGGUCUCAAGAUUCCAAGACCUUCUCAUGGUUCUAUAUAGUGCUCGCUAGUCCGUGGGUGGUAGUUUUGUACAGUUUGGUGGAUUCAAGAGCAUCCACUACCUAGAAUACUUUAGGUAAAGUGGGACAUUUCCAUUGGUGGGCUAUCCAAAGCCUGGCUACCACCAAAACAUGCAUAGUCAGCUUCCUAGCUGCAUGGUGCAACGUGUCUUGGAGCUGGCCCAAGGCCUGUGAUUCCAUAGAUAAAUUAAUAUUGGUGAGUGUUUUAAACAGUUAAUAUAUCUGCUCCCAGUAUUGUUGUAGGGAUGUGGAGUAACAGAAAACAAGGGCUAGAGACCCUAUGGCUGACUAGCAUUUUUAGCACCAGUCUCUGCGGCACCAGGUAUCACAUCAUUAGUAACUUAUGAUGGGUAUCCCAAAGCAUCAGAAACAUGCCACACAUAUGGGAGAUGGCCCUAGGCCACUGCUCCUUUUCCCAGCUUAACAUGUAAGGCAUCUGGGUAAGGGAGUUGCACUAGCAAUGGCUUCAUAGCUUAACGCCAGGGGUCCUAUGCAUAGUUUGUGGAAUGGAUUGAGCUGAGGGGCCAACUCCAGAACUAUUUUUUGUCUGACUUGGAUAUUUCUAAUUCGUAAGUGGAUGAAUAGCUCCUCCUGUGGGAGGCAAAACUUGUCCCUAAGAUCUUGUAAUUGCUUUAACUUGGAUUUGAUAGUAGUUGGCGGACUCAGGUGAUGUCUGCAGGUACCCAGGGUUUGAGGUUAAGGUUUCGUGUGUACAGUGAUAAUUUUGGGAGCAGGGUGAUACGUUUAUUGCUCCCUUUGUGCCAUAUGGAAAGUGAGAGUCUAACGUUUGAGGUAAUUUGUUAGUAGUUGGAUACAGAUGUGGUGGAACCCAUAACUGAUGACUGGUGUAGGGUUUCAUGAGCAAGUCCUCCAGAUAGACACAUGAGUGUCUUUGAGGCAGAAAGGGCACACAAUUUGACAUAAUGGUGGCACUAUAAUAGUCCCUUAUCCACCAAACUAUGUAAGCAGUCGGAUUGUGGCAAAAGGUAGUCUUAGUGAUCUGUGUCUCCAAACAUUUGCAUUAAUUAGUUGUUGAAGUAUACUUGAUAUAGAGGUAGGAAUAAAUACAGACACUGUGUGGAAGAGGUAUAAUGUAACUGAUAGUGUCAUCAUUUUGACCAUGCUGAUCAGCCCCAGCCACGCCACCUCCAGGCCAUCUCACCCCGUCAAGGAUAACUUAAACUGGUUAAGUAUUCUGUUAUUGUUCUCUUUGAUGAACUUGGCAAGAGAACUAGUAAAGCGUAUCCCUAAGUAUCCCAUGGAGGUAGGUCUCCAGUCAAAUCCAUGAUGCUGUUUCAUAGUCUGUAACAUCACCUUUGGAACUGAUAAAGUUAAGGCUUGCAUUUUCCCCUAAGUAAAUUUUAUAGAAUGACACAUGUAUGACAGAGCAGUGAAUUCUAUUAUGUAAUGCACUAUACAUUAAACAAAAAGAUUACCAAUAAAAGUUUAUAUAAUAAAAAUAAAAAUAUUACAGAAUGUAAUAUAGUGAAACAACUAUGAUUGAGACCCAUACAGUAUUUGCACUGAGUAGUAAGCAUAGCUAUAUAAUUGUGAGGGAAACAUAAACCAGGAAGUUAUACCGAUUGUGGAUAUUUGGUACAUGAGUAUGGACCUAUGCUAGAGGAGUAAUUGUUGCAUAAUUUGCUCAUGGUGCUUGUCACCCCGAGAGACACCCCGCAUCAGUAAAAAAGUGGUUAAACAAACUGUGGGCAUGAAGCAACACUAUCCGUAAUAUGCAUUUUUUUGUUGACUCCUCGUCAAUAGAAAUAUUCCAAUCAUAAAAAUAUAAAAUAUAGUGCAGACAAAUCUUCCAAUCAUUUAUACACCACAUUGAUUGGAUGGUUUGUCUGCACUAUAUUUUGUUUUUUUAUGUUGCAGAUGCACCUAGAAUAUUUAUAUUAUUUUGACACGGAGUCAACACAUAUAUGUAUAUUUAUUUUGAAUUAAGAUAUUUCUGUAGCACAGCACAUUUUCUGGUUUGUUUAAAAUUAUGUUACACAUUUUAUGUUAUGGCGCAUGUUGCUUAUUUAUUUUAUAGAUUUCACAUUUUCAGUGAAUUAAAGUGUUUUUGCACACGUUUUGGUGAUUAGAGUGGGUGAAGGCAUUUAGGUCUCUGUAUGAGGCACUGUGAGAAAAGUUUUUUUUGUUUUUUGUAUUCUUUAUUUAUAGCGUGCAGGGAAAUACAAACAUGCAUGGUUUGCCACGACAGCAUAAACAAGCAUUUGAUAUGAAUACAUAUUAUACAUUUUCAUGGCAUUUAGGAAAGACUGCACAUAUUAUAGUAAGGGUAAGCGAGUUAAACCAAGCAUUUUUCAUUUUUCAGUAAUAAGCAUGCUGGUGCUGGAUAUGUCAGUUGGUGAUGAGUCGAUCGUUAGAUAUGUCAUGUUAACAAGAUGUGUGAAGUAUGCUUAGACAAAAUAUGCACUUUUUUAUAAUAGAGAAACAAAGAAUAAACAUGCUUUUGAUAAUUCAGUAGAUGACUGAUAUCUAUAGACAGGCUGAAUAAACUGACAGGAUGGGUACUCAGGUUUAUAAGGUAACCUGUAAGCAAGCUGAGAGAUGAGAUAUACCACCAGGUAGAACAUUGAGUUCAGAUCAACCAGACGAUAAUGGCACAGAUUUCCCAAGAGUGAGGUAGCUGGAGGCAAAACAGUGUUGGUAGUAAGAAGUCCCUCAGUGUUGUUGUACCUGGGUGCCAGGUCUGUUGCCAGUCGCUAAGGUGCUGGGCGAAUUCUCCGUUGUGUUCUAACAGUUCAUAAGCUUAUGAGUGAGAGGUGUUGGCCUCUGGGAUCCCUGAUGGUCCUAUUAGUAUAACAAGCAUUAUUCUAAAAAUAAAUGAACAUUUUAACCAGACAGUAGCCCUCAACAUUUUGGAAGUCUCUGUGCCACCAUUGGCUGGUAAGAGUGGGAUUUUAGUUAUAGUAUGCCCUGGAAUAGGUAUUUUACGGUGGUGAGCCCUUCUUCCUCCAUGCUGGUGUCACUGUGGUAGGUGUGAAUAGUGACCUCUUCAGAUUGUCUUCUGAGUGGGGUAUAUUCCUUCUUUGGGGGUUGUAAUCGCCCCUUAGAGUUCCAGGGUUUCAUUUUUUCAAAUCAGGAGCUUUGUAGGAAAACACCAUCUGUAUGCCAAAUUUUGGGCCUUGGUGAUGGAGAAAAAAAUCCCUGCAUUUUGCCAUAGUGGCAGCAGAUAGGUUGGCAAAUAAAGUAAUCCUGGAAUAAGGCUCAGGGAGGCUGGCAAGUUUGUGGGCCAAGGCCAUCACUGCUUCUUUUGUAUUAUGGUUAUCGAACCUCACAAUGGUAUCUCUGGUGGUGGAAGGUUUUCAUGUCGAGGCAGCCGGUGGGCCAUGUCUAACAGAAGCUGUGAGUCUUCUGUGGAGGGUAAGACAGAGCUGAACAGUUCUCUCUGUAAUUCUGUAAUCCCCCACAGUCAAAUUUGUUUUGCUUUGAGCGAUGUUCCAGGUCUGUCAGUUUGUUCAACAGAAUGGCAAACAUUUGCAUCUUCUCCACCAUCUCAUUAUGAGCCAGGCAUAGCUUGCCUUGUUUAUGCUCUAGGUUGUCUGUGUGGUACCUCAGCUCCCUGAAGUCUUUAUGCAGUUCUGCUGCAAUUCCACAAACUUCCGCUUGAAUAGUUGUGCAGAGCCCCUCAGGAGGACUUGCAUUCUGCUCUCUGUGAUCAGCACGUCUUCGGUUACGGCCAUAAGCAGGCUGGAGUCACAGGCCUAUUUCUUGUUUGAAAUUUGCCAAUUUUUAUUUUUUCUAGAAAAACUUAACACAGGGGGGUGGAAGGGUUAUAGAAGAAAAGGGGAGGAGGGGGAAGCAACAUAUGCAUAGCCGACAUUUCUUACAGACAGAGUUGGUCUGAUUGGUGUACAUAACUUUACAUCACAAUAUCCUCUCUCAUCGGACCUCUAUGCAGGAAUCUCUCCUUCUUGAAUAGUUACAACAUGGGCACUCUGACUUGCAGAGUGUGCCAAUCUCCAUGCGUCCCAAGCUUCCCAUGCCCUUUGGGUAGUUCUAAUUGCGGGCCACAGCCUGUUAAAGCCCUGCUCGUACGUGCGUUGUUUAUCUAUGUCCAUCAUUAGGGUGGACACUGCGGGACAAUUUGAGGAUUUCCAUGUUCUUGCUAUUAGUCUUUGGGCCGAAAAUAUGACAUGGUACAUAAGCUUCUGCAGAUGCUUAGGGAGGUCGUCUUGAAGGAGCAUGGUUAGGUACGUACUCACCGCUAUUAGCCUUUCACAGUUGCCCAUUGGUGGAGGGAUGGAGUCUCUGACUAAAUUAACAUUGAAAUUUGAUCUUUUUGCAAAAUGAAAAAAAUAGGACACGCUCUUCACACACAAAGCUUUUCAGCAAGCUAAAGUGCUUUAGGGGUCCUUUUAAAGUCACAAUUUUACAUGUUACAUAAUAAUCUAAGUUGGCUCAAGUCCAUCAAGUUAAAUCUUUAGAGCACAUCUUUUUAUACUGUUGAUCGAAAAUAAUUCGAAAAACAAAACAAACAGUUUGAAGUGAUGGGCAAUUUUGCCACAAAAAAACCCCCAAGAGCAAACAUUUCUUCACGUCUCCAUAAUAGCAAUCCGAUUUCUCAUUGGAUCAACAACCUGAUUAUAUCCAAACAUAUUAAUUACUAGUGUACUGUGUCACGCUGCACAGGGAAAGCGUUGUAUUGCAUUACAUAAAAAGAAAGGUAAUAGGCGCUUAAUAUAGAAUUAAACACAGGAUAGGUGUGGGCUGCAGUAACCAAUUCAGGGAUUCCCAAAUCUUGUAGAUAGAGGAAUAUGGAAAAGGUAGGAGGAAACUGCACCCAAAACAAUAUAUGCAGAAAUGUAUACGUACACAGGUCUUUACCACCCAUGCUGUAUAUACUAGAGCAAGUUCUGCUCUGUUAAAUGUAAGUACAUUACUUUAUUUCUUCAUUUAUAUCUAUUAGUUCGUACUUUACCAUUGGAGUAUUUUUUCUUGUACUUAUUCAUAUAUAUGUCCUGCAUACUGCACUUUGAGACACCUGGGACGUCCAUAUCAUCAUAUAUCCUCAGACAGGGAUUGUUCUGUCCAUGCGCAAUAUAGCUGAGCUCUAAGUUAGCUCUAUUAAAUGUGAGUGAUAAUCACAUAAGAUUACUUCACCACCUAUUCACUAGACAUGCUGUAUUGCACUAUUAUAUUUUUUUGCUUUUAUCUUUGAGGUCAACUGUGUGUACCACGUUAAAAGACCUGUGUACGUAUAAAUUUCUGUAUAUACUUUUUGGGGCCUGGUUUCCUCCUACCUUUUCCAUAUUGUAUUGCAUUAGUUGUAGUAGCAAAGAUUCUCAGGGUUAUUCAAUAAAGUGAGAAUUCACAAUAAGUUUUAAAUUUAAGGCAAAAGUAGACGAGCUAGAAGCAUAGUCGAGUUAGAUAUUUUUUUUUUCAGUUUGGCUAUUUUCACCCUAAAUUGAAAUUCACUUUGAAUAACACUUUUAUAUUUUAUCUUCAUUAGAUCAUUUAAAAGAACAGUUCAGUUAUUUUAAUAUAUUUUUAUUAAUACACUUCUACUGACACUUUCUAUACAUUUUGCUCAAAUUAUACUUUUCCAGCACACACUUGACCAGAGGUGCCCAAAAGGUAGAUCCCCAGAUGUUUGAAAACUACAGCUUCCAUGAUUCUUUGUCAUUUAAAGGCAUUCUAAAAACAUGCAAAGCAUCAUGGGAGUGGUAGUUCUACUACAUCUGGGGAUCUAACUUUUGGGCGCCCCUUCACUUGACCUUCUGAUCUCAAUAUGGUUCUUUUCUCCUUUUGUUUUUGCUUUUUUAAUAUUACGAACCUAUUUUGAAGCUUGAACUUCAUGAUGGUGUAAAGGACACUUCAUAAUACUCAAAGAGAGAUGGGUUUCCCAUCAAUUUGCAAAUGUAAAAGUGUUUUAAGUGUUAGAAAAAGCUAUAGAUAGCUAUGUAUGCCUCAAUGACUGAUACAAGGACAAAAGGACCCUGUAUAUUGCACGGUCUGCACAGGAAAGUUUGGAUAAAUCCCGUCUCUGGAAUUUGCUGUAAGUCUGAGAAUGCAAAAUUAUCCCAUCCUAAAUUUUAACAAAGAAUAUUGUUUGUCCUUUGAUCAGUGAAUCUUCAGAAUGGAGUAUUUAGAUAUGUUGGCAAGGAUGGGAGAGUUGCUGGCAAUGUUGCCAUACCCUCUCAAUAAUAAUGCUAAGCAAUCGAAAUACAGCAUCUAAGAAAGAACAAAUGUUCAAACUUAAUGAGCAACUAUGGGUGGGAUGAACUUGAGAUGAACCGAGAUCUGUUAAUGAGGCUAAAGGGCUUGUGAACAGGACUUUACCAUUAAUAUCACGCCGCGCUACCUCUAGCCUUGCCAUACAUGCUAACAAUGACACAUUUCAAGCUGUUUAACUGCUUAUAGAAUGGCCUCGAUCGGAUGCAACAGUGAAAUUUUAAGAUUCACAGUAACAUUGAAAGAUUAACAGGGUUGUUUACUAAAGUGAAAUUUGUUGGGAAUUCAAAGUGAAUUAAAAGUGAAUUUCAAAUUUAAGGCCAAAGCAGCUGAGCUAUUGCAAACUGCUAAGUGCAGACUUCCAGUAUGGCUACUUUAGCUUGAAAGAAAAGAAAGAAAUGCAAGGCUUUCCUAUGGGGAGUUUACGGAUGCUGGAUGACCAGCAUCAAUUAGGCGACCAGAGUCAGGAAAACUUCCCAAAGUAUCUGGUAGGCAUCCACUAGAGGCUGUCUUAGUGCUGCAGUUUCUAUAAAACUUCAAUGAUUUACAUUGCAGGACUAAGGGGAACGGGGACAUUGCACCCAGAGAUGAAGUGGUCUGAGUGUCUAUAGUGUCCCUUUAACGUGGCUGGGAAGUCUAUAUCAUCUUAUAAUUUAUUAUAUUAAUGGUUAGAUGGUCAUCAUAUUGGCUAGUUAUUAACUAUUACAAAGGCCAGUGCAAGAGAAGAGGGGAGCAAGUAACAAUGUUUCUCUCAACUAAUAAAUUGGAUACAAAAUCAAUUACAAAGUUAACAUAUGUAGCUACCAGGCAAACAACUACACUUAAAACUGGAUAUACUUCAGACUGACAAUGUAAAGAAAUAUUAAUUCAGUGUCAGAUUCUAGAAAUGUACUGUGAUAUCUAACGGUAUAGUGCAAUAUUUCUAUUAUCCCCCUACAUUCCAAAUAGGACUAAACACUGUACUGGACUAAAUCUAUAUUAUAUUAUAUAUUGUCCAAGCUAAAAGUCUGUGGCUGACUUUUUUUUUCCUCAUUAGAAAGUCUCUGAUUGGUCAGCCACAGAAUGUCUGGACUGGGGAAGAAGGGGAGGGCUUGGAAACAAUAGAAAAGUGAAUUUUUAUCUCAAUCCUAAUACUUCUUCACGAUGAAACUUUAUAUGUAUAUACUAGUGCCGAGGGGGGAAAUAAAGUGCAUGCACAGCGGGUGACGUGCACGCAUUAGGCCUUCUCCGUAGGAGAGCAUAGAAUCAGUGCUUUACAAUGGGUGUUUAGUAGAUGCUGAAUGUUCUCAUGCACAGCACCGUUAGACAACCACUAGAGGCAGUUUUAACCCUGACAUGUAAACAUUACAAUUUUUCUGAAACUGCAAUGGUUUAGAUUGUAGGGUAAAGGGACAGGGACAGUUCAUUCAUACCACUUCAAUAAGAUUAAGUGGUCUGGGUGCUUAUAGUGUCCCUUUAAUGGGGUGUCGGAAAUAUUGUUUUUAACAACUGUCUGGUUUUUGAACCGUCAAUUGAAUUUUUUGCAGGGUGCAAAAAUAUAAACCAGUACUAAUGAUGUAUAUUUCUAUCUGCUGGACACAUGUGGCGAGCAGCCGUGCCUGAACAGCUGUGUGUGUCUAAGAGCAUUAUGGGUGCUGGCAUGCAAAUAAGCAAAGAACACAGAGAUUCUUUGGUAAAAGAAAAAAGUAAAUAUCCUGUCAAAAACUGUGGUGUGAUAUUGGAAGGAUUAAAUGGAGGCAGGUUGAGGUUUAGGAAAAGUGAGAUAGGAAAGAGAAUGAUGUUAUUAUGAUAUUCAUUUAUUUUAAACAUCACCUCGUAUGCAGCUAAGCUGCUAAACAGGAAUCACUGCAAAUGUACUACACAUGUUUCCUUUAUAUAAUUAUAUAUUAUUUACUAUUACUGCAACGCUCGCUCCAUUUAUUAUAUUUAAUUUAUAUUUAAACUGCUGCAAUCUGACACACAUUUUGUUGAAGGAAAGUCAAAUCACAGGCUAACUUCCACUAUAAUUUUGGGUUUAAAUUAAAUUAGAAUUGAAACCAUAGCAAUAUUUUGCCUGGAUAGCAUUAAAUAGAUAUUACAAGCACAAUAAAAACAGCUCAGUGUAGUGGUUAUGGUGCCAGAAGUGCCCUGGCGACUUGCAAUUGUGAGUAGUCAAACAGUUUUAGAACAAUUUGAUUUAAACCUGGAGUCUGUCAGGUGCUGGAUGUUCCCAUGCAGGAACUCCAGUUAACUGUCCUGAGCGGUGCUCUGCAUUGCCAUGCUAUCUCAUUGGUUGAGAGCAUCAAUGCUAUAUUUAACUGUGUAAAGAGAUAUGAAGAUUGCAUUCACCUCGCCAUUAUGCUGUCUUCAAGUGUGUUCCACUAAUGUCGUAUCAUAUGAUUGGUCCAGCAUGGCAAAGUGUACUUAUUGCCAACAUUUCAUCAUCAGAACAGAGUGACAUGUCAUUCCCUUCCUACAUUUCAGAGCACAAAAUGCAUUCACUGGGGGAAUAAUCACAGCAGGAUAACUGGCUAUAGGAGGGUUAUCCUGCCUAUCACAUGUCACUCCAACCUCUGCUUAGAAGCUAUGCCAAAGAUUCUUUGAAAGGUUUGGUUUUAUUAGAAAUUGCCAACACUAGCACAAUGGAUAAAUAAAAUGCUAUGCUCUUUUAAAUGGACAUACGUAGCAUGAAUCAUGACAGGUUCACUUUAAUGUAAUUCUAUUUUGUAGAAUAUGAAUUUCAUAUACUGUCGGUGCCAGACAGAAUUUUUCCUGUUCCUCCCGAUAAGAUAUAUAUAUCAUAGCUGGCCAGUAGAACACGGCCAUGUUGAGAAAUUUCAAUCACAUUAAGUGACUCAGUAUUUAAUAACCAAGCCACUGAAAGCAUCAUUUGCAGGUAAAACUAAAAGUGUGCGCUAUACAUUUAAAUAAUACAUACUGACAAGCCAGAAGUGUUUCUUUCUAAGGAAGCAGUUCUGGAAUGGACACAGCUGAGCAUAGCUCUCUUACUCCAUCAAAAUGAAUAAGAAGAGUUUUAAAAAGGAAAAAUAUAACUUUUAGAAUAUACAGAAGUGGUGAUAAUAUAAAAUUUGAAUUGCUAUUUAAAUAUUCAAUCCACAGCAAUUAGAUAUAUUCCAUAAUGCAAUUUCUCAAAGUGCCAGAACAAUAUUCUGAUGUCAUAUAUUGAAAAUAACCGAUUGCAGAGAAUGUAAAGCAAUUCUGUAUAUGACAGAUUUAUUUAAGAGAGGAUGACAGUCACUGCAGGAUUUUUGAGGAAGAUAAUUAGUAACUACUUAUAGUAAUUAGCAAACACUGCAUGACUGCAUGGAGUAUACUCAAUUUACAGUUACAUGUUGAGCAAGUUAGAAAGCAAACUAUCUACUAUUAACUACUGCACUGACUUGUCACAAGUGUUUGUAACUGACACAAUAUAUAUGUUGGUGAUUUAAUUUUGAAUUGUGAACUCCCCACUUUAAUAAUUUAACGGGACACUGCACUGCCCAAAUAAAUAAAUACAUAAAUAUUUAGUAGAUGCACCCCCAGUGAAAACAUUUUUUUUUCAUUGGGGAUACAUCUUGCAAAAAGUUGCAGAUCUCUUGUCUGAAUUCUUUGCAAGCCCCCUCCUUCACCCAGUAUUCUCUUUUAGGCACUAGAGAGAUUAGUAUAUUUUUAUGCACCUUCCAACUUUUAUUAUGCGUAAUCUUUUAAAUGCCCACAUUCAUGUUGCGGUAAGAAUAUGUCUCACAGAAAUUGAUGUACAGAUUUAAAGACAAUAGGCUAAUUAUUCUGGGUCCUUCGUAAAAAUGCUCAUUGUGAUCAUGGUUGGUAAAAAUAGAGCUAAUGUAAUGAUUUUAAGUAAAAUCUUUUGUAUCGGUACAAAACAGCUGCUGGAUGUCUCGUAAAUGGCCCCACACAGAGAAAGUAAAUGGUGGAAACACAGCCAGAGGCAAAUGGAUAAUCACUGCGCACACUACAGCUUUAGUUACAAUUCUGUGGUCAUUCAUAUUUAUGAUUCAGGCAUAUGUUACGUACUGUGGCACAAAAAGAACAUAUCAUUUUAUGGAAUUUUUUCAAUUGUGGGAAAAUGUAUUAGCUAUUUAAAGAGACACUCCGGGGAGAAUUUAUCACUACUUUUUGGUCACCAUAGAUGAAGGCAUGGAAAAAUAAAAUCUAUUAUUCUUAUUACACUUCUUUUACAAUAAUUCCCCUGGCUCAAAUUCUUCCCUAGAGAUGUCUUAGUGACGUACGAGCAAAUAGAUGAUGAUUAUUUAUUUAUUUAUUUAAUUUCUUGUUUUGAAUCAAGUGAAGAUGCAAUCUCCAUUACUGACCGUGCAUGCAUUUCCAGAUUUGUGCUUAUUUAUUACAAAAUUAAUCAAAAAUACUCAUCUGGUUUUGGCAUGACAAUGUAGAUAUUUUGGCGCCUGUAUUGUUCAUUUAACUUAAAAAAGUACUUAAUAUUUAAUAUAGAUUAAAGGUAUACUAUAGGCACUAAAAUAACUUUAGCUUAAUGAAGCAGUUUUGAUGCAUAAAUCAUGUCCUUGCAGUCUCAGUGCUCAAUUAUCUGCCAUUUAGGAGUUAAAUCACUUUUUUACCUCCCUGCAUGGAAAUUGCACAGCCUUCAUAAACGCUUACUGAAAAGGAACCUUGAUAUUCUACGUUUCUUUAUUGCAUAGUCUGUUUAAUCUAGAAUUUCAUAUUGCCUGCUCUGUUAAUAACCUUCUAGAGCCUGCAGCAGCCUCUGGUGCGUUGUUAAAGUUACAUUUACAGAGCAACAGAUAAAACCUUCUACAGCAAGUUAAUAUAUUAUCCUGUUUUUAUGUUGUUGGUGCUGAUUUGUGCUUUCAUUGUAAUAGUGACAUAUCUUUUACAGGAUUAUUUACUGAAGUAAGAAUUCACUGUAAAUUCAAAGUGAAUUUCAAAUUUAGGCCACAGUAGCCUAGCUGACAGCAUAACUGACUUAGAUAAUGUUUCCAAUUUGGCUACUUUGACAUUAAAUCUGAAAUUCACCUCAAAUUCCUACUUUAGUUAAUAACCCUGUUAGUGUGCUAUACUUUGCCUAGAUUGUUUGACGGAUCAUGUUCUAAGCUGGGUAAUGGAAUUCAUAAAUGAUGUGUGAAGUCUCUAUCUUUAUGAAAACAUUCAUUCGGGUAUCAUUGUUGGGCAAUUUCUCCCAAUUAUGUGAAUGCCUGAUGGCCAAACAAGAUUUCUUAGAUUAGCUAUGUCAAUUUGCGCUGUUGUAAAAAGCCCAUAAUUCCUUGCCACUUCAUAGCUCCCGUGAAUUAUAGGAAUUUUGAUAAAUCAACAACCCCCCGAGAGGCUGCAAUUCAUUCCAUUCAAUACAUUCCAUACAGGAUUAAAAUAAAUAGUAACAUUGUCUCCAAAUAUCUCAAGUCUAUCAUGCUCAACUUUUUACAAAUCCUUGUUAAAUCUAUUAUGCGAAAUGAUUCUGUGCAAUUAACUUAAUAUAUAUGGCAGUUUUUUGUAAUAGAAAGUGUAAUACUUGGGAAAUUGUAGGCAUUUUAUCAAUUAGGAAUCUAUAAGAUUUCAUUCUAUCCCUUUCCAAAUUCAUUCCAUUUUCUUGCUACAGGAAAUAAGCACCAUGUGUAGAUGUCGUCUGAUUUUAUCUGCUUGAAUUUGUGAGAAAAUGUGCCAAAAACAGGGCAGUCUUAAUAUUUGAUAACAUGUGUUAGCGGACAGCAGCCCAGCAAACUGGCUAGAUCAUGGGUAGGCAAGAUUCGACACCCCAGAUGUUGUGGACUACAUUGCCCUUGAUACUUUGACUGCAUUAUGGGUGAUGUAGUCCACAUCUAUUCAACAAUCAAUGACUUUGCCCAUCUCAAUACAUGGCCUGCUGAAUGGAACCACCUAUGGUUUUAUUUUUAUUUUUUAAAUUAGUAGUUAUCCCUAAAGGCACUUCAGUAUUUUAUAACUCAAAUUCUAGGAGUUCAUCCUUUCCUUAGAAGUUUAGGAGUCUCCAAUAUUAUUAGGUCAAGAAUCAGUCAAAAGAGCAAUACUACACACAGGUUGCAGUUAAACCUAGUGUGAUGAAACUCCUACCUGAAGUGGCUCUCAAAAUCCUAUUACCUCUUCUGCUUGUGGUACAGAGGAAGGGGCAAAUCAGUUGUAUUGAUGGUUUGUACUAAAAGUCCACUGAGAUGUAUAUUAUAUUAUGUCAAAAGGCCAUCACUGCAGACAGGGCCGCCACCAGAAAUUUUGGGGCCCCUAACUCAGCUCAGGGUCUGGGCCCCCUGGGGCCCGCCUCCAAAUACUGCCCACAGGGUCCGCCUCCAAAUACCGCCCACAGGAAUACACACACAGACACAAACACACACACUGAUACAAAAGGACACAGAUACAUACUAAUAGACACACAUACUGAAACAGACAUACACGCAUACAGGCAUACAUACUGACACACACAUACUGAGACAUACACACAUAUACAGACACACAGGCAUACAUAGUGACAGACACAUACUAACAUACACACAGACACACAUGCAUGAGGACGUAAAGACACAUACAUACAUACACACUGACAUACAUACCGACACCGACAUACAUACACACAUACAUACAUACAUACACACAUACUGACAGACAUACAGACACUGACAUCCAAACACACAUACAUUCAUAAUGGCAUACAGACAUACACAGACAUACAUUCAUAAUGGAAUACAGACAUACAUACAUACAUUCAGACUGACAUACAUGCAUACAGACAUCCAUACACACAGACAUACAUUCAUGAUGAUAUGCAGACAUACAUUCAUACUGACAUACAGACAUACAUAUAUACAUACAUAAUGACAUACAGACAUACAUUGAUACUGGCAUACAUACAUACAUACAGACAUACAUUCAUAUAUACAUACAUACAGACAUACAUGCAUACAUAUAUACAUACAGACUGACAGACAUACAGACAUACAUAAUGACAUACAGAUAUACAUUGAUACUGGCAUACAUACAUACAGACAUAUAUACAUACAUACUGACAGACAUGUAUACAUACAGACAGACAUAUAGACAUAUAUACAUACAUACAGACAUACAUUCAUAAUGACAUACAUAAUAGCAUACAUACUGACAGACAUACAGACACAUUAAUAGUGACAUAAAGACAUACAUGACAGACAGACAUACAUACAGACAGACAUACAUGCAUACAGACAUGCAUACAGACAUACAUACAUAGACAUACAUAUACAUACAUACAUAGACAUACAUACAUACAUACAUACAUACAUAGACAUACAUACAGACAUACAUACAUACAUGCAUACAUACAUGCUUACAGAUAUACAUAGACAUACAUACAUACAUGCAUACAUACAGACAUCCAUAGACAUACAUACAGACAUACAUACAUACAUACAUACAUACAUAGACAUACAUGCAUGCAUACAGACAUACAUAGACAUACAUACACACACACACAGCUCAUUUUCCAGCCACCCUCCUGUCUCUUACCUUUUCUUUGCAGGAGGGUGACUGGGGCUGAUCGGAGUCCCUCACUGCCUGGCUGGCGGUCCUCCCACGCGGAGUGAGCUGGGAGGAAGUGACCACUUUCUCCCAGCAGCACUUUCUGCGGCUGCUUUUUUUUUUUUUUUAAAGGGGCCCGGUUGCGCUAUAUCACAGCCACAGCGCUGACCGGGCCCCUGAAGAUAUAGGGCCCAUCGGGUGGCCAUAAGUGUGUGGGCCGCCCGAUGGGCCCCAUCAGCGUGCGGGCCCAGGCCCUAAUGGCGGCCCUGACUGCAGAGUGGUCUUUGUCAUUCUGAUGGUAUUGUAUGUAGUGGGGUCAAUAGGAUGAUUUCAGGAGAGCCUUCUAAAUAUUAAUAUUUGGGAUCCAGCACCAUGCUCUAUUGAUUACACUGAUUAAAAGUUCAAUUUUAAAUUAAUCAAAAUAAUUUUAAAGCUUUGACAAGAUAGAAACCAUCAAAUCAAUCCAAUCUUAGACUAUAAUAUGGCAGGCUCAUUCAGUUGUAUUUAUCUGUACCUGCCAACUCUGUGUAUGUAUGACCUUUUAAAAUUGCCACUCAUGGGUUGAAUUAACACAAAGUAAUACAAAACUUAAUUUACUUUGGCGCCUGUCAGUGAAGAUUACAUAAGUGUUAUUUUAUGGUUUCAAAAACAAACUAUUUUUUAAAUGGACACCCAAACUGUCUGCACGUCCUCCCAUAGAUACAUCACGCAUCCUGCCACACACAGUGUCACUUAAUAAUCUCACACGUUAGUUGCAUAUACUUACUCCUAACAUUUGUAUACACCAUAGACAUUUCAUAUACAGACGCACAUUGAUUGUCAUGUUAUAUAAACACACACAAAAGAUAUUCAAUACAGAUAAAAUAUAAUGGAACUAGGAACCUAUACCAAUUGAUAGCCUUAGAUACCCUUUGCUGAGUAAUAACUAUUGUAUCAAAAAUGAUAUUUUUUUCUUUAUAAACCAUCUUAAAGGGUCACUCAACUACCCAAAUCAAUCAAUCAAUCAAUCAAUCAAUCAAUAUUUAGUAAAUAUUGCCCACAAUGAAAACAUGCAUACAUUUACUGAUGCCUUUUUCAUUAGGGGUAUAUCUAAAAACAGCUUCUAAAAAGUAUCGAGCUCUUAUCUGCUGCCUUUACAAGCCCUCCCCCAGGACUUUCUGUGGCUGUCCAAUCACAGACUUUCCAGUGUAGCUCAAUGAGAAGUCUUUGCAAGGCAAUUGCUGCCUCUUGAAUUUAGCUCCACUGAGCAUACCAAACCAGGAAGUAAUAGGACUGGUUGUCUGAUUAACAGCCAGGGAGGUGUAACAAGGUUAAUUUUAAGAGUGCGCAUUUCUGUUGAACUCUGCACUUUUUGUAAAAGGAAACAAAGAGAACAAACUCUUCACGAGUAAAGCACUUUAGAAAAAAAAAAAGAAGAAAACGACAACCAAUGUGUGCAAUAGGAAAUUAAAAAGAAUACUUUUAUUUCUUCUUUUUAAAAAAUCAUGGCUGGCACAAGCAGCAGGAGGGAAGACCGCUGACACGUUUCGUGCCUCACGGCACUUCCUCAUAAGAGAUAGAGAUAACUGGGGGAGCUAGAGAGACCUAACCAAGAGUAAUGGUGUACUAGGGAAAGAUUACCUGGGGUGGGAAAGAGGGAUAGAUAAUUAUGUAUGUAAGCUAUGGAGGCAAGCUGGAGGCAAGGGACAGACACCUGUGCAAGCAAGAGAGAGAAAGCUGGAGGGCAAUAUGAGAUAAAUAAGAGGGAGGUAUGGGGACACCCAAGGGGUUUAUAAAAAGGUAACUCAUGCUCACUUAGAAUAGUCAUCUGAGCUCAAUUUUGCCCUUACAUGGCAGGAACAAUGACAUGCACACAUAGUGAUAUUGCACACACACUAAAUAACAAAUACAGAUAGUGUACAUACACACAGGAAUACAGCACACCAACAUACACACAGUACACAGACAUGCACACAUUUGUGCGCAUAGAGAAGCACUGACAUGCAUCCACUGACAGUGCACAAUGUGUGAUACACAAUGACACUAUACACAGAGAGAGACAUUCACAUGCAUCCACAAUUAUUGUAGACAGAAAACUCUCACAUGCACCAGUACUACUCAAAAUUUAUAUUUUUUUGUUUAAAAAGUAAUUUGCAACUGAUAAUCACACACAAACAAUCUUCAAUGUAUGUACCUGGCUUGGUUCUAAACUAAACUAUACAUUUGUAGUUGUCCCCAUGCCAUAUUUCCAAGCUUAUAGUGCUGCAACGAUCCUGUUAAUAUGCAUGGUAUGCCCUGUCUGUGUCAGGACAGCUGGGCACACACUAUAAAUUAAAAUAUAAAUAUUAUUCAAAAAUAAUAGAAAGGUACAUAGCUAACGUUUAGUCAUCUGGACCAACAUCCUUAAACGAUCUUUUUUUUGUUUCAAUAACAGGAAAGUGAAGAAGACCUAAAGUCUCUGCUUCUGCAGUGGCUGAGGGGACCUCCUGUGAAACUGACCCUCAAGUAUUGACUCCAAACAGCCCCACAGUCUUCCAACUGCUCACAGUAAUCCAAACCAUAUGGUGCUUCUUCUAUAUAUAGAGAAAGAAAGACACAUGAUGCCAGCACUGAUGGCAGAAUGGAUAGCUGCACCGAUUCGGAAACUUUGUCAAGUCAAUUUUUUUCUGCUAUUUGGAUCUUCACGGAAGGCACUUAAAUCCUGUACAGGUGUGUCCAUGUAAGAGUGGCAAAGGGAGGGUGGAUAUCAGGCCUUAAAAGUUGGCAACCUAUGGAGAGAGCACUUGGUGUAGUUGCCACUGCCAGCGUCUGAUGAGACUCAUCUCUGUAGAGAUGUGUCUCCAUCAUUCUUCUAGCAGCAACAUGGACUCACUACGGAAUCAGCACUGUUCUCAAUGUACCUAUAGUUUUUGCUAAAAGCGUGUAGCCAUGAGUUUUUAUAUGAUAAACUAAACCAGCCUUUCUAAGUCACUAAUGCUAUAAAAAACACUUUUCCAGAUGUGCCUCCCUAAUGUAUGGAUUUCAUAAGUAAUGGUGGGCAACAAACUUACAGGGUUUUUUUGUUUGUUUUUGAAACCGUUAAGGUUGUAGACAGUCACUUUAUUGCACAUGCUCCACUGUUUCUGCUUCAGGUCAGAUAGCAUGCCACUAAAACAAAUAAUUUCACUAGCUGUCAAGAAGUCAUAAAAUAAUGAUUGCUAGAUGAUGUCACAAAUGUAUGAAUUUGUAUAUCAUGAAUAUUAGUUAGUCAUUGCUAAAAAACAAACAAAAGUGUUGUCUCGUGUUAGUGGAUGCUCAUGAAGUCCUCAACAAAGAAACAAAGAAGAAUACUGAUCAGGUUAUUUACUAAAUAAUUAUUAGAAAUUUAACAGUUAAAGUUAAUUUCAUGUCUCAUCCCAAAAUACCUAUACUAAAACAUAGCUCCCUUGCAACCUGGAUUCCCAACAAUUCCCACUUCAGUAAACAACCAUUUAAGACUCCUUUAUACAGCUGUCUUACUAUAAGUACAGCCUAAACCAGGGGUAGGCAACCUUCGGCACUCCAGAUGUUCUGGACUGUUGUGUACCCUUCCAGAUUAAGAUGUCGAAUUGUUUAGGAACGGUUUGCCAAUUUACCUGCUGGGCGACUGCCACCGCUGGCUUUUGUUGCUGGAAGCUUGUGCAUAUAUGUUUUGCUAGCUGUAGCAAGUUAAGCCCUGACAUGCAAGCUCAGAUCAUUGGCUGAGAGCACCGUCUAAGGCCUCUCAGCCAACGAGCAUAGCUUGCAUGGCUGGCUUUGCUCAAUGACUCAGAAGCUUCUGUAAUCAGUGGAGGCAGUGACAGGUGUCCAGUGGAGCUCAGGUAAAUUGUUAGAUCUACAUUGGAAGGGCACCAAGAGAUUUGAGGGGGAUGUAGGAUUUAUGGUGCUUGGAGUGUUUCAUCAGUUAAAAAUAUCAGAGUAUUUCUAUAAAAUAGUAGUUGCAGCUAUUGAAGUGUUAGCAGUACCUGCAAGUAGGUAAACAUUGUUCAUAAUCACACAUUUUAUUUUCUAAAUGACGCAGUUAGGAGACUUUAUAUUAGAAAUAAACUAGCGUUAGCUUAUACAUUUACUGAUAUCAAGAACUGAUAUGAUACAAACAUUUUUCAACAUUCAUGUUUGGCCUGGAAGCAUAGUCUAAGCCUCAGACUCCAAACAGUACCAAUGAAUUCCAGGUUACCUGUGAGUUUUCCCAAAAGAGUCCUUUAUUUUAUGACAACCUCAAAAUAAUGGGGUACACACGUACCAACAUCUGAAAAUUACUUUCUUUACUGAAACUUUUUUUUUUUUUGGAUACCAAGUGUUUUUUUAGUUUGUGUUUGCUUUUUCUAUAAAUGUUCUCUUUAAAUGGCAAAUAUCUCAGGACUUUCAUGAAAACAACAAAUUUGUCUAAUUCUGGUUCUGACAUUUUGAGUUUAGAAUAUCUGCUGCAAAAUCUCUUUGAAACUUUAUUUUGAAAAUGUAUGAUGAAAGUGAUAGCCAAAAUCUCUUUGGCUCAUGAAGAACUACAAUGCCCAGGAUACUUUGCAAGCCUUUAAGGACCACCCCACACACACCCUUAAAGCAUUACUGCUUGCUGUCAUGUUUUAGGAGUGAGGAGUAUUUAAUUUAAAACACUUGCAAACAUCUAUAAUAGUAUUAGUUCCCGAACAGACUGGGAUUUUGUAUUAUAGUUUGUUUGUAACUCAGAAUAGAAAUCUCAUACAUUCAUAUCAUCCUAUAUCCAAUCAUUUAUAAGAAUACAUGACAUAGUCAAUCUGAAGGUGGGUUUAGAUAUUGCAACUAUAAGAUGGGGGGCCAAAUAGAACCCCAGAUUUUGCAGAGCUAAAAUCUGAUGAUGAUUUACCAGUUUUAAGUCUUCCUUCGUAAUAAAGAGUUAAUAAUAAAAGUAAAACAUUGAAAUGUCAGGGAACUUAUCUAACACUUCUCUUUCAUGCACUGUAAGUACUUCUGGCAGGAAAUGAAUUAAAGAUCUAUUGUAUCUGUGACUGCCAGACAACUCAAUAAAACCUACUCUUCAACACUCCCUAAUUUUAGCUAGCCUUCUGGUAAGACUGGAGAUAAAAGGUUUUAAAUUGUUGGGUUGUGUCCAGGUGAAAAAAGCAGCUCCCCAAUCCUCGUAGAUGGAAUAUGUAAACCAAUUUGGACAAUUUUAACUCAUUAUAUACAGUUUAACUCUGUGGGUCUUAGAAUAUGGCUUUAAAAAUGUUGCUUGCAUAAAUAUAAUUUUAAUUUUCACUACUGGAUGGAGAUUCUUCACUAAACAGGGCACCGUGGAGAAAUAGCAAGUGAAUUGUAAAUUGUAGUCCAAACUGGAUGGGAAUUGGCUGGAAAAAGUAUCUAAUUUUAUUUUAAUUUAAUUUUUUAUAUUUUCUAGCUUGACUUUUUGGACCACAAAUUUACAAUUCUCUUGUUAACGCUCAAUAAUUCCCUCUUUUGGGUAUAAAAGUGAUUCUAUUCUGUCUGAUGCUCAGAUGACUAAUUACAAAACCAGUCCUGGAGAGUUAGAGGAGACUUGCAGGACUUUUCACUAAAGUGAGAAUUAUCAGGAAUUCAAUGAGAAUUCCAAGCGACUUUGAAAUGUAAGGCCAGAGUAGCUGAAUUAGAAAAAAAUAGCUAAUUUCCUUAUGCUUCCAGUUUAGCUAUUUUGGCCUAAAAUUUGAAAUUCACUUUGAAUUCCCAGCAAUACUCAAUCUAGCAAAAAAAGUAUUGUUAGAUUUUCACUAUAACAUAGAUAACUCCGGGUCAUUCCUAAAGUGUGAAUUUCAUAUUUUGGUCCAAUAUAUCCAUUUGGAACAGUUCUCCAACUCUGUAUUUCCCGCCUGACUACUUUGGCCUUAACUUUAAAAUUCCCUUUUAAGACAAUUGCUUUAUCGAAUAUUCCUAUAAGAGUUUCUGGUCUACCGGCGUUACUCACAGGAAAGGACUAAAGACAUAAUCCAGUUUGGACACCCCAAAUGAAAGACACACUGGUUGGCAGACCUGCUAUUAAGAAAUAAAACCUUAAAGUGGUCUGUUGACUAUUCAUUGGCAUGUCAGUUCACUAGACGUGUGGUAGUACAGGGCACAGUAGUGGCAGGGCUAGGACCAUGACAGGGCAGAGGACGGUAAUAUACUUUUGUAAUACCCAACUCUGGUCCUCCCGUGCCCCUCCUGAGCUCUUCAUUAAUUUUGUAAGUGUUCCCAAGCAGGGCAAAUCUCCUCCAUCAUGCCACCACACUGGCUUUGUUGGCAGCGUGCCGGCGUCUGAACGCCAGCUAAGGAGUUACCAUAGUAACCACAGAGCAUAUGCUGUGGUUGCUAUGGGUAGAGAGAAGAUAAAUGUCAGCUCUCAGACAUCGAGUGUCUGCCGAGGAAUUGACAGACAAAUGGGAGAAAAAACUAUUUUAAAUCCCCGUACUGCUAGCACAUUGUAUUGAUGGAAUCUGAAGAUCUUUUAAAAGAGCUAAAGUAGUUUUGCCCAUGACAGGUUCUUUUUUUGUCCUGUCUACUACUAAUAUGUAUAUCAAUCAUUCUUUGCCAUUAGACCGAGUACAUUUCCCCAUGCAAACAGCAGUAUGUGAUUUUUCCCCCCGCUUAACGUUUCAGUGCUGAUCUGUCAACAGAAAGCGCUUAGAGGUAACACUAGCCAUGAGGUCUGCAAAUCCAUCCAAACGUCCAUUUACUACGAGCAUUUGUGUAUUAUUCUCCUCACAUUCUCUUUUCUUCUUUCAAAGAUAUCUUUCUUUGUUGCUUACUUAUACUCUACUUCCCCCCGUCUUUCUCCUCUUCUGUUUUCAUUAUAUUCCAAUUUUCCUUCUAUAUAAACAUGCUUGUGUGAGUACAAUUGGCUGAAGUCUGCACAUAUUACACAAUGAUUUUAUCCUUCUUAAAUCAAUGCCAGGCCAUGCAUUAUCUCAGCCAAUUUGAAUGUUUUUUGUUUCCCUUUAGAGUAUAAUGAGUAGGAGGAAAUUCAUUGGGAAAAAGAAAUAUACUUUUCAGAAAAUAGUUUUCUUUACGAGAUACAAUUGAACAAUUUGUCUGAUCGACUCAUUUGUAAACUCUCUCGGGUUGGGGGGGUCAUUAGACUAGAAGUUUUCAAGAAUUGACAAGCAAAAUUAGGGCAAUGGUUUUACAGCUAAAUUGGCCUUAUUUAUUCCCCUAUUCAAUGAAUAAACCUUAUGUGCACAAAUAACAUCAGAUACUGUAAGCUACAACAAAGAGUGUGGCUUCGGGUGGCCAGUCUGUCUUUUUAAUCUCAACUAAACUGUAGCACUGCUUUAUCAACAGAUUGUUAAUCUAGUGAGCAUUAAUGUGACAACAAUCCAACACCUCCCAAAUCUUGAUACUAAAAACCAGUUCAAUCUGUUGGGCUUUAAAUCAUACCACAUGCCAGGACAGUAAGGAUAACAGAUGCCCAUCUCAGGUCCUACAAGGCUAAAGGUUAUAGAUACACUAUUAGCAUUACUGACUAGUCUACACUUCACAUUGUAAUGAGGGACUGUCCCAUCCCAGUCUUUUGCUCCACCUGGUAGCUUCGAGUUAUUUUAUAAAAUAAUUUGUCACCAUGGAAGGAUUAGCCAGAUACGCAAGUGGGAUUUUUUGUGCUGAUCAUGAAGCUUGCAUUGGUCAUUUCUCUGCAAUGCAGAGGUAAGUGUGUUUCUUACUUACCUCUGCUGCAUUACUUUCUGUUAAUACUAAGGAAGGGUAAUGAGCAGCUAUCAGAGAAAUUACAGUACCACUUUAAACAGGCAUCUUUGUCGUCAUAGAAACGCUAAGGCAGGGGCACCGAAUAGGUAGAUCCCCAGAUGUUGUAGAGUAGAACUACAGCUCCCAUGAUGCUUUGCAUGCCUCUAGAAUGACUUUAGAAUAACAAAGCAUUGUAGGAGUUGUAGUUUUAAACCAUCUGAGUAGCUACCUUUUGGGCACCUGUGCUUUAAGGUAUACUUACAAAACUGAGUUGAACCAAGAUGCUCUAAGGCAGGGUUGUCAAACAUGCGGCCCCCAGAUGUUGCUGAACUACAACUCCCAUGAUUCUUUCAAUGAAACAGAUAGCCAGGGAAUCAUGGGAGUUGUAGUUCAGUAACAUCUGGGGGGCAGCAUGUUUGACACCCCUGCUCUAAGGUAUACUUGCAAAACUGAGUUGAACCAAGAUGCUGGAAUUAUUCAAUAGAACAAAAAUCCUAAAUUUCCUCUAUGUUUUGUGCAUAUUCCUUGAGUUUUUCUUACAUGUAGAAUCCAUCCAGUUUCAUAAGGUAGCACAGCUAACGGUAUCUCGAGCAGUGCUAGCUAAACUACUCAACCCAAGACAUGCUACGCACUGAACCAGUUCAUUAUGCCCAUAGGAGAACGAGCAUUGAGGAUAAUUCACAUAGCCUGAUGUUUAAACUCCUUUGUGAAGAUGUCAUUAAUGUAUCUAACUCACAGCAGGAUUAAAGUGUACAUUGUCAAUCUUCAAAAUACAGCUGUGUGUAUUAGACCCACUCAGAACACAAUAUAUACAGUACUGACCCGGUCUUGUCCACAAAGCAAAACGAUGUAUAAAAUUUGUAUAUUUGGAAGUGUCAAAAACUCUGUGGCCAAUUUCUUAAUUAGAACAAUGUGCCGUCAAAUGGAAGCAGAAAAGAAUAGGUUCAAUCUUAUAAAAAAAUGAUUUAUUCACUAAAUGGGUAAUUAUGUGGAUGUCACCUGUUAAUUUCACAUUUUUGGCAAAAAUUUGCAAACUUAAACUUUUUUUUUUUUAAUUCCUUUAUCAAUAAUACUUGCCCAUAAUGCUCAGCUCCUUGAAUAACCCACUGGUUUUUCAAUAGUUUAUGUUAUAUCCAAUUUCCGACUGUCGUUUGCUAAACAGUUUAUUCUAAGUCCAAAAAAAAAAAACCUAAAAAAAACAACUAAUUCCAACUCCAGUCAGUUGUUUUAGUCUAAAUUCUGCAACUUACUUCUCACCUCUGUUCACCAUUUAGUGAAUAAAUAUCUUCACCAAGGAUAGACAUAUCUGUUCUAGCACACACAGAGGCAUAUUAAAUUGCUUUAAACAAGUCUUCUUCAAAUCCAAAGCAUUUCAUUUCCAUUUGGUAGAUGCUGUGUUUGCUUUAACUUCCUUUUAAAAAUGAUGAAAUCAUUAAACGGUAAGGCACUGCAUGUAAUUAAAUUCAGGAAGAGUAUCUACAUUUCUUCACAGAAUAGCAGAUCUGUGUAUUUGUCUUGGCAGGGUAAGUUAUAUAUGUCCAUAUGCAGAGAAGGUAUAAUUGAUAAAUGAUGAUAAAUUAGUUGUGUUUGUUCUUUAAAGCAAAACCCUUUUUUAAAAUUAAAUAUAUACUUUGAUGUUCUGCAGAGAUGGCAAACAUUCACACCAACAUUUUCACAGUGGGCACAUUAAUAUAGUACCUAGAAGUAGAAAGUGUCUUUAUUUUAAUGUGAUUUAGACAGAAAAUCUAAAAUACACAGAUUAUUUGUUCUAAUUGUUUUAUAUACUACAUACAUGUUUUUAUACUACAUACAUGUUUUCAAUAACAAGGGUUGCAGAGCAGUGAUUAAGCUGUACAGGGACCAUGGCUCUCCAUGCUCUGCUACUGGUUUCCUUUUGUGAUAGAACUUUUAUAUCUUACACCAGGGGUAGGCGACCUUCGGAACUCCAAAUGUUAUGGACUACAUCUCCCCUGAGGCUUUAGCAGCAUUAUGCCUGUAAGAGCAUUAUGGAAGAUGUAGUUCACAACAUCCAGAGUGCGAAGGCUGCCUACCUCCCAUGGUGCAUGUCAGGUUAAAUUGUAGCGAUCUAAUACCUUUAUUCUACAACAGUUAUGUUUAACCAUAACAUUCCAGAUGUUAUUGAGAGCAAUCUCCCAUGAUGCUCAGCCAGCCUAAAAUGUAGUUCAUAAACACCUGUGAGGCCAUAGUUAAGCAUGGCAGCCCUGGAAUCCAGAUGGCCACUUUAAGAGAGGACAGAUGUGGGAAAACACAAUGUAAAUGGUUACAUUGGAAUUAAUUGGAUCAAUAUUACAGGAUUGUUGUGUGUCUUGCCACUUUACAACGUUUAUUUGUUACUCUGUGAAACAUGGUGCAGACAAGGAGGACAAGAGGACAUGAUGUCUCCUUAAGUUAGACCACCAGAUACUGGAUCCCAAAUACCACCAAAGGACAGUAUGGAUAGACUAUGCAGGUGCAGGGAGGCAGAGAUAGAAAGGAAAGUGAUCCAAAAUAAACUGCUAAAAUACUUACUUAUAUACACGCAUACAAUUAUAUAAUCCCUGUGUGUUAACGUUUAUUUAGAUGAUUGAGGUUUUCUGUGUUAUUCAUUUAAACUGAAACAAACUGUGUAUAACAUAUAAACAUACAUUCCCUAUAAGCACUGUAAAGGCCCGCUCAGGCUGAGAAAGCAGAAUUCAAUACACACUGUCUACAUUCCUCACUGGAACAGAUUUCCCACAUAAUGUGAAAGUGAAUAAAUGGUCACAUGAAGGCAGCUCCCAUCUGUGCACAUCUUUUAUGAGACGUUUUUUUAUAUAACAUUUCUACUUGUAUACCUUUUUUUCAGAAGUACAAAUCUAUAUUUUUGUUAAUUUGUAUCUACCUGUGCACUUAUAUCUAAAUAAUUUCUAUAUGUCAAAUAAAACAGCUUUGUAUUACAACUACCUGUGUUUGUUUUAAUUAUGUCCAUAUUAAUUGUCCUUUUAACAUAGCAU